AAAGCGACCAUAUUUGCUGUCAAUAACCCAUGACCGUAAUUCAACUGAGAAACUAAAGGUGAAUGUUGUGCUCACUUCACUCUAUAUCUCAAUCAAUGUUUUGUGUUAAAAGGGUAUUAGAACACUAGAUGUUGAAACAAGGAUGUGAUGUCACUGGAGUUUGAAUUUGGGACCUCGCGCAAUGAAGGCAGCGGACUAACCAACUGUGCUAUCCCUGUGUCGUCCUUUUUUAUGUUGGAACAGUAAACUACGAGUAGUUACCAUUUUUCCUCAGGGAAAGUAGAGCAAGUGAAACACGAGCGCGCAUGAAAAUCAACCCAUGGAAGGAAGGGCGAGACGCACAUCUAAGACAUCUUUAGCGAACUCAUGUUUUGCUUGCUCUUCUAUCCCUGAGGAAAAAUGGGGACUACUUGUAGUCUAUUGGAACAGAAACUUGAUGACAGAAACUUGUUUUUCUUUCGGUUCUUUUUUAUAGAUUUAAUAGAUACCUUUGUAUCAUUUAUGGAAGAAAAGCCUCCUUGGUUGUCAAGAAAGAAACAGUUGUUAGCAAGCAUCAUUUAUUUGUCAGUUGAGAGUGCUUCUGCUUUGUAUACUCUUAAUGGAAGCAAGCUCUUUAAAUUUUUUGAAAACGUCUUCAAAGAGAUCUGGUAAAUUUUCUUUCAUUGUUAUAUGUUGUUAGGGAUGCAGGGUUGUCAGAAGGUUUAGAAGUAGACGGCUGAGUUGCCAAAGUAAGCAGCCAGUCCAGGGAUAUUUUAUUUAAAAAACGCCAUCUGUAAAGAAAUGUCAAGCAGAGUAGCCGGCCGAUGCUAACCAAGUAGGCAGCGAUUUUCACUGGCAGCCGGCUACUUUUGACAACCUUGGGGAUGGUUAAUUUUUUUGGGGGGGUUGGGGGAGGGGCUGGUGGGAUUUGAUGGGUACAAGUACAGGGGCCAACAAAAUAAAUAUUUUCCAAAAACUUUGUCCCUGGGCUAGUAGUGGUAUUUGAGAACUAGUAGUUUUUAUUGGAAAGUGAGGUGGUGUGAGUAAAACUUCAGGGGCACCCAACGAGAAUAUAGUUUAAAACCACUUAAACAUGGCAUUGUUAAAUGUAUUUUAGUAUUUGAACAGUAGAUAUAGGCAUAUUUUUAUCCCCGAAAAAUUUUUCAUCUGUUUGGAUUUCCUAGCUGAAAGUCUAGUGAUCCGAAAAUUAUAGAUAUCAAAACUUACCUUUUCGAAAAUUUCAGCCAGAAAAAAGGCUCCCGACAAUUCUAGGUGACCUUUUUAUGGUAAAAAUCUGUUAAAAAUGAGCAAUUAUACCAUUUUUUAUAUGUUCGAAAAUCCUAGAAUAGGCAGGGAAGCAAGAAAUUUUACAACAAAUGUUCCAAAAAUCCUAGACCUCAAAUUGUCUUUGGAACAGAUAUUUUCCGAAAAUUAACGUUGGGUGCCCCUGAAACUUAUGCAGAUUUAUUACAUUUCACAGUGUUUGAAUCAGUUGCAGUUUCUUUCUGUGGUGGCGCGUAAGGGACUUUAAAUUCGUACUUUUUUUUCAAAAACAUUUUUAUCACCACUUUGAAAACAAGAUGUACUGUUCAAACUAGAGAUUAAGGUGUUCAAAGUUGUGAGCAGUGACAUUGCAAGUGCAGUGUCAUGUUCAAAAAAGCAAAUUGUGAAAUCAAAAGAGCCAUGUCAUGUUCGAAGUACAGAUUAGUGUGUUCAAAGUGGAGAGUGCAUUACUUCUUUUUUGCGAAAAUAUUGUUUUGACAAAUAUUUGCUAGCAAAUUUUCCCGACAGCCUGCAACCUUGUUGAAUUUGGUAUUCUUGCUAAAUUUGCGGACUUCCUGAGGGCCUUCUUUUCCUUUCUUCUUUAUAGAAAUGAUCUUUGCUAAAUUUGUUAUUCUUGAUAAAUUUUUUGUGUGAUAUUUGCAAGACAAGUGUCUGAAACAUUUUCUUGUGAAUCAUGUUUUGCUAAUAUUGCAAUAACACUUUUCUAGCAAAUUUUUGUGAAAGACUACAAUCCUGGACAUAUUAAGUGACUGUUCCAUGUCAAAUUUAAAAAGAAGGUGCAAGGGUUUAUUACCAUCCCUUCCAUAUAAUUCUAUCAAAUGUCAGGUAUUUACACAGUUAAAGAACUGAAUUGUUAUUAUUUGUUAACAGUUCCUUCUUUUUAUCUUGCAUGGUAAGGAAUGACGGCAACCCAUCUCUUGUUGAGUACUUCCUUUAUGCUCUGAAUGCAUUUGUAAAGUCUUGUGCUGAUGAUUGUCGUGGGCAGGUUUGCAGAUUGGGAGAAACUCUGUUUCCAUUGAUGCUCCAAAUGUGGAAGAAAACUCAGCCUGUUGCAAAGGUUUGAAAUUCAAUACUGAAAUGGUGAAUGCGUGUAGGCAUUCAUGCAAAUAUGCCUAAAUUUAGGUUUGCCAGGUUGGAUGUGUGGUUUAGGCCUUGCCCAGUCUGGCAGCGGUAUCAGACAUCCAGGUCAGAUCAAUCUGAGAGUUAAAAGGUACUCUGAUUCAUAUGCAUUUUGUUAACAAUUAUUUCUAGUGGAGCAAUAGAGGGAAGAAUUAAUGUUUUGUGUUAGUGUACAGACUAAACAAGAACUUGCACAGCAGUAGCAAGGUGUUUCUAAUACUUCUCAGAUUGUGAAAGUUUGAUACAACUAAGGGGGUGAAUGUAGGCAACAAAUGUUAUGAUGAUGGGGGUUUGAUAUAUUCAAGCACUGGUUAAUAACUAAAUAUUUGAUUUGUUGCUUAGGAUCAAUUGAUACAGUUCAUGAGGCUGCAGGUGUGUGCUCACCAUCCUCAAGGAGUUCAUGAAGGUGAACAUGGUGCUUGGAGCAGUAGUGUUAAUCAUUGGAAGGUUUGUUGACAUGUUAUCUCAAAGGCACCUUUUGUUGGAGUGAUGAGAAGUGAUGAUGUCACAAGAACCUUAUUGUGGAAAUUAUGGGAUAGGUUGGCACAUUCAGAAGCAACAAGAUGAAAAAUGUCCACUUGCUAAAAUCAGCCUGUUAGUGUAAAUUGAUGGGGAGAUAUAGGCACUGUUAUGUGCCAAUGAUGACUGCACAUAAAUCCUUUAAAAUAGGCCUGGAUCAUAAUCGUUUCAACCCAAGCCAAUUUUAGAAGGAUUUGUGUGGGGUUAUCAGAGCAUAACAAUGCUUAUAUCUUCCUACUAAUUUGCACUAACAGGCUGAUUUUUGGCAAGGGGGCUUUUUUUCAUCUCGCUCUUUCUGAAUAUGUCAACCUAUCCCAUAAUUUUACAAAUUUCAAAUUUUGUGUCAAUCACACUUUUCUCUAUAUUAUUUAAAGAUACCAAGAUCAGGACACCCCAAAGGCUUUUCUGUCACUCCCUUUUUGUAGUAAGGUUCUCCUUAAGUCUUAACUGACUAACGCUUUGUUAAGCUGCCAAAGCAUUAGGAAUUAAGUAAGUAACAAAUGCAGUUUUAAAAUAGAGCCUGUUUGGGACAAUAAUUAAAUUUUGACUAUCAAUCAUGAUCUCCUUUGGUCAAGCUUUUCUUAGGUUGAUGUGUCUUGUUCUGUUCUUACAGAGAGAAGUUCAGAUUGAAUGAAAAGUAUUGAGUUCUAAAUUCAUACAAGAAACUCAUAUAAGAGCUUUGGUUGACCCAAACCCUUACGAGUGUCUUUUAUAUAACUCAAUUCAGUUACCUUGAACAUCGUAAAUAAAUGACUGUCACUGUCUCAUUUCAUUAAACUAGAAAUGUCUUCAAAGAUUAUACUCAGCAAUAGUGGAUGAUAUUGAACAGUUAAAGAAGAGGGUCGUUCGAACUUCCAGGUAUGGAUUUUUAGAUAAUCAUCAUAGAUAAUAGUUAUGUUAUUGGACCACCUACACAUAGGUGGUUUGUCAGGGUUUUAUUAGAGAAAACACUUAGAAAUAUCAAUCAUUCAUUAGCUGGUUGUCACUGUAUGUAAUAUCUUCAGAAUAAUAAAAUAUAUUGCACAGAAUAAUUAAUUUGUCAGGAGACAAAAAAACUGAAACUUUCUUUUCGUUUUGAUAUCUCUCGAUCCAAAUAAUUGAACUGAUACCUGGUAAUAUACUCUGGGUAGCCUUUUAGUACUUGAUUCCCAUUUCUGGGUGAGAGGGGCCAGUGGUUUUCAUUGCAAGUCAACAGUUUGCUGCAGAAUCCAGUUCAAGCUAUUUGGGUAACCAGGGAUUGUGUGUACCUCUUUGUACCUACCAGUAUUUUUUGCAACUUACUUUCUACAUGUAUGAAUAUUUUCUAUAUUACUUUGUUUCAUAUCUAUGCUGUCAAUAUGGAAUCCUUUUAAACAUAUUCUUGUAUGACCACAGCGUGAAACUGGAUCCUGGAUUUGCCCCGCACUUUAUUGAACUAGCGGCAGAUGUUUUUCAUCAGGUAUGCAAAAAAGACAAACUUUGGUUGUAUUUUGGUUGACCAAUCAGUGUUUUUGCACAGUAUCAUGGCCUCCUUCAGAGAAGGAGUAAUUUCUUUGCAUGUUAAAGAAUUUUUCUGAGUUAGUAAACUUUAUAUAUUGCAAUCGUUAAAGAGUGCAAUGAACUUUCUUGUUGUAUUGUUUUGUAAGCAUUUUGUUUCGCCUAUGGAUAUUUUUUCAAUUAAGGGGGUUUAUAUAGGCUUGCUUGGAUGGGGUAAGAAUGGAUUUGUAUGAGCAUUUAUAAUAUUUAGAUAUGAGGUUUUUUGUUAACCAUGUUCAAACUUAUUUCAGGUGUUUUGGGCACAAAGUAAUUACCAUUCCAUCAGUACCAACCAAGACUCAACUGAACCAGGUUUGGAAUAGUAGUGACGAGUGCAAAAUGACUAUUUUAAACCUAUGCUUGCUUGUUAAAAGACUCUUGAAUUAUGUACAGUACUUACUUCUGUAUUUAAAAAGAUUGUUAGUUUAUGGUGAAGUGGUUUGUAAUUAAUUCAAAAGGGAGGCUUAUUAAGUUAACAGAAGUUGUGACUGGAUUAAAAGAACAGGAUAUUGUGUUUGUUUGAUUAUAGGGGCUAAAAGACAGAAAAUUGAGCUUGGAUGGCAGUUUUCAAGAGAGGUUUUGGAAAACAGUUCUGAGAAUCUGGUAUUGCUUUCCUGGUAAGGUGUUUGUAAAGUUUUUAUUGGAAAUGCAUUCUGUUAUGGUAGAGUCUGAGAUAACAGAAAUACUUAUUUUUAGAGUGUUAGUGAGUGUGGGUAAGUUACUGCUUUUUGACUGUAUUCCACAGGGAUGAUUGUGGGAGUUUUCAGUUGCACUAUACUAUACGCAAGUCUGUACUAUGGGGUUCUCUAAAUGCAGAUACAUUUUGCAAACUUCAGACACGCUAUAUAUGUAUGUUAAUAGCUAAGUUGGUUUUAAGGUAGAAAAUAACUCUUACCUUGCGUUUCCUUUUUACAUUCUCGGCCGUCAUCUUAUUGUGCAUGUCUACUAUGGCCCUCACUGUACAUGUACUUCACGAAAGUCAUGUGCAUGUCACAUUUUGGUCAGAGCUGUGUGUGCAUUGUAGUUUUUGAAAAUCGGUUUGUGGAAUGAGGAGUGGUGAUAAGGGACGUACAGUGUAUGGUCUGCUACAAACCAGAUUUCUGUUUGACUCUGUCUUGUGGCCUCUGGCAUGUGAAAUGUAGACAAAGGACCUUAGAUCAUACUCUGCCAUCGUGGAAUUUGAACUAUACAUACAGGCUGGUUCUAAAUAUCAAAGGAACGUGCGUUUGAUUCAAAUGUCACUCUCUUGCUUUUUAGGCUUCAGAUCCUACCUUCCUUAUUUUGUAAGCAUCCUUCAAGUAUCCCUGCAACUGAGUUCCAACCUUUCUUCUUGGUCUUACACCAAUUACAAACCAAACACAAAAGGUAUGAAAAAGAUUGUUAUGUGAUUAAUGUACAAUGUUGCUUUUGCAAAUCCCUUAGUAUGAUAAUAAGUUAGCGAAAAUUUUCGUUUUUUUUUCAUGUCAUAUGUGACAUUUUGUUUUGUUUUCUUAGGCACGAGACCAUUCAGCAGGUUUUAAGAAGUGUUGAAGCUCUGGUGCAGUGUUUUGCAAAGAGAAAAUGUCAACUGGAAAAACAUGUCAUUGAAUCCAUUAAACCAACUCUGAAGCAGAUUUGGGUAUCUGCAUUACGUAUCAUUGGGAUCAAACAUGUUACUGACUCUGGUUUUUCCCUUCUUAUUGCCCUUUUAAAGGUAAUUGUUCACUUUAAAUAAUAGGUAUUUUUCCUAGAUCUGGUUCUGAUUUUCACGUCUUGGAUAUAUACUGAGCUCACAGGUUGUUUUGCUGCCCCAACAUCUUUUACACAUUGAUAGAAUUUUUGCUAUUGGAAUAUUACAGUGCUCCCAAAAUUUUUUCAGAGCUUACUGGAGCUCCUGCCAUUUGGCUUUUCAAUUUCCCCCAGAAUCUUUCAGAGGCUACACUAAGAUAUUUUCUCUGCUAUGUCACUGCGUUCCGCCGCAGAGAAAACGUUUAAGUUCUAAUCAGCAGAAAGGCAACAACACGUUGAAAUAGGAAGGACACGACCAGUUGUGUUUAUUGGGGACGAGAAAAAGCUAACGUACAAGAAAUAAAGUAGUGGCGGAGAAAACGAAUUACAUCACUGUAAACUACGAGACUAAACAUAAACAGCAUACUAGAAAAAAUUAAGCUCGGCAAGGUGCGAGCGGUAAAACUGGCUGUGUCGAGUGACUAACGCGAGAGGCGACAAGGCUUAAAUACCGAGAUGUGACGUAAAAUCCCUAGAGGAUCAAACUGCGGCCAUAAAUGCAAAUUCCGAACAUAAACACAUUUCUCUGCUAUGUCACUGCGUUCCGCCGCAGAGAAAACGUUUAAGUUCUAAUCAGCAGAAAGGCAACAACACGUUGAAAUAGGAAGGACACGACCAGUUGUGUCGAGAAAAACAAAGAACGAGAGCGAGCGCGCGUAACUCAGAGACCUAUGCGCGAAGUAGCAAGAAGCUGACGUCGGAGAUUUUCACGGCAAUAUAAAUCCUUGGCAGAGUCGGAUUUCCACCUGCCGUGGUUUUUAAUGACGUGAUCGGGAACUCCGCUAUUAAGCGCAGCCGAAGCGCCCCCUAUCCUAAGCGAGUGCAAGCCUAUACCUGACGUAUCAACACCGAUGGCCCGAAAACUUAGCCAAAACGACUUCCGUCGCCCUGGUGUAAGACAAACUCGUACCGGAACGAAGGGAAUAACCCUUAGAAGAGGAAAAAACUAAGGUUUUGAAAAACAAACUCAACCGAAUCAAGAUUACGCCUAGUCAGAGCGGCAUAACGGAGCAGCAUAGCGCAGGGGCAUGCGGGGGUACCAGUACUAGCGAUAACUAAAGUACACCAUUUACCCAAUUGAUCGACUUUGCUUUUGGAAACGUAGAGCUCAAUAUGAUCUUGAAAGAAAGAAAUGUCAGACCACCUAAGACGACUUAACUCGUCAAAGCGCAAAAAACCAGCAAAAGCAAGCAAACAAAAACAAACGUCCCUGAUAUCCCCGAGGGAUGCUGAGGGCGUAGCAAAUCUAUUACCUAACGCGACUAAAUGCUCAGGCAAAAUGGGUACCCUAUUCAACUUAGACGGUUUCGAAGCAACGCGCUUACAACCUUCUAGAAUAGCCAGAAGAAAAGCUGAUUUGCAAGGAUUCGAGACCCCGCAAGCAUUAUGAAAAAAGCUUAUACUGUAGAACGCCUGCUGAAUGGAGGAAUAUGAAGACCCUGAUUGAACUAACGAAAUUGAAUACAAGGCUACGUGUUCCUCUUGAGCCGGGAAGUAAAUAACCUCUGGGAAACCACUGGCCCAAGAUUUCCAACGCUUGAAACAACCGUGGUAGGUCUUGAACGUGCUAGGAACCUUGCUGUGGGCAAGAACCGCUGGAAUGUGCGUACGCAGGCUCUCCAAAGCCGGAUGGUGAACGCGUGAUACCCUGGAACUUGUAAACAAAUAAAGGAAAAAAUAAGGCAUAAGAGAAAUGGGGAAAAAUGGUAGACGUGGAAUUCCGAUUGCAAUUUAUUAAACGUGGACAGCCAAUAACACGUACAUACUAAGUAUAGGCAAUAACAACAAUAUGCGGAGAAAACAAAAAACCCUAAAAAUUCGUACAACGUUGCCAACAAAGGCCAUAAGGUUAACAAAAGAUAAGCAAACACGCUCUAAAGCGACCGUCAAUAAGGCACUAGCCUGUAAAAAACUAUGAAAAAACGAACCGGAAUAAACCGAAAAAAGGACACGCGCUAUAAAGCGCUAAAUAUCACACGUGAACCGCUAUAAAGCGACAAGGGUCACACACGAACCGCUAUAAAGCCCUAAACAGCGUACGUGAACCGCUAUAAAGCAACGAGAGUCGUCCGUGAACCCUAAAAAGUGCUACAUGGAAUAGCGCGAAAAGCUCUGCAAUAAAGUACCAAUGCCUGAAUAACGGCUCUAAACACGCGAGCUGGCGUCCAAAUAAAUAACAAGUACAGUUACUUGCUAGUGGUGUUCCUUCUUUUUGACUGUUGCAUCACUGUGUUUCAGUCAUUUGUUAUCACGUAAUGGGUUUUUCAUUUGCUUGUUCUUACUUUGGUCAUAGUCUAUCAAAAUUUCAUUAAUUCAAAUUUCAUUUUUUUUGCAGGAGCAGGUCCACCCAGAUCCAGAUAUUUUUGUUACCAUUUUAGGCAGUGGAGUUCCGUCAAGGUAAAUUAACAUUUUAUAAUGUGGUAAUAAUGCCCCACUGACACCAAAGCUUAAACAUAUUUGAUAGCUGUUUAGUUGGACACCUCUUAUAUGUUUUAUAAAAGCUGCUUACAGACUUUGAUCGCUUGCAAAUUGGGCACAGAUUUCAGAACAUGUUAAGUACAUCUGAAUCCUGUGUUCUACUUAUCAGUAUAGACAGGACCUUCAAUUACCUUGUAUCCUGUAAGAACAUUGUUUCCUUGGUUUUAGGAUCUCUGUGGAAUUUCUAUACACAUAUUUAGUGCACCAUCAUUUACCAGAAAAGCUAGAUUGUGUCUCAACUGGAGGAUUUCCUGUAACGAGGGAAGGUUCAUAUCCUCUGCGACAUCAAUUAUUUAACUGGAUGCUGCCCAUAGAUGAUGGAAGUGAUACUAGCAGUGAUGUUUUGGCAUUUUGGGCUGCCAAAUCUUCAAGCAGGUAUUAAGACAUUUGGUUAUUAACAAUUUCAAGCUCGAAGUUCUGCUUACAGUCAACUUGUAAUUGUGUUAAGGUGUUUGUUCAUCAAAAUAGGACAAUAUGAUACGUUUGAAGCUACGUUGCAUCCGUUUUAUCAUAUUAUUUAAUUAGUUUCUUUCUCAUCCGUAAAAUGCCUAUAAACGUAUAUGUUCAAAUAGUCUUAUUAUUAUAUACUCUCCAAUGAGCAGGCCAUUUUCAUAAUUGGUUUUGAAUGAAGUUUGUUGAGUUUGUUGCAUUUCCAUAUUACUUCCUCAGAACAUUGCAGUAGGACUUUUUUUCCAAGCUCCACUGUUGAAAAUCGAAAGUAAUUUUCCCACGUACAAAUAGGUAGUGAAUUAAUCGAGGUGGGUGAGAAAGACAUAUUUAACCUCACACACUUUUGUCUGAAAAGUAACCUAUUUGCUAUUGUCAUUUUACUUCGACAGACUACCUAAUAUGCCACAGUUAGCUACUGUCCUUGUGGCGCUUACGCAGAAAUUUCCUACAACUAUGGAUUUUCUUCACAUGAACUCGCCAAGGUAAGUAGUUUUAAAGAAUGGUCAUCACGCUCACGUAUUAUUGUUUUGCAGUAAUAAUUUCAUUUUUUGGUCUUAGGUAUCAUUCACCUGAGGAAUUUUCUCAUGAUGCAGAGCGAGCCCUUGAUCAAAUGCAGGAAGUUUACUUGAAGUCAACCUUUGAUAAGGUCUUUCACUUCCUGUUAUUUUUUUGGUUUGCCUUUGCCUGAGAAAGCAACUGAGACUUGGUGACUUCAAUGGUUCCUCCCAAAAUGGCGUCUAAGGAACAAGCGCAGAAAUUUUUUAUUGAUGACUCAUCGCUACCUAGAUCGGGCUAGUGCUUUGGAUUGGUUGAUACGUUUGCUAUAAAAAAAGAAAAAAUGAAGCACCAGCCAGAUAAGGGUAGUGAAACGUCAUCGGUAUGGAAUUUCUGCGCUCAUUCACGUCAUUUCGUGGGGAAACCACUGGUGGCAUCGCAAAGUGUGGUCUGUUUUCUCAGACUAAAAUCGGUGAAAACAUUUUUGAGACAAUGUACUCAAAUAAAGUAACUUCAGAGAGCAAACGAAUCCACACGUCCCGUCCUGUCCCCUGUCCCCUCCAUUCAAAGUUGGGGUGUUUGUCGUUUCUAUGGUAGCUCGAACAGUGGCACAACAUUGCAUGGAGGGGAUAGGGGAGGACAAGCUUCCCUCUUUUGAAGUCAAUAAAACGUAAAAAAGCUCAGUGUAUGGGAGAGUGUCUCAAAUCAUUUUGUUGCUGAUUGUAGUUUAGCUCUCGCUUGCACCUUUUGAACUGAAACACUUGCAAAUAUAUCAAGUGAUUGGUAUGCAGUCUUUCACUUCUUGCGUGUGUGUAUCUGACUCACUAAUCUGAUCCAUGAAAUGUUUAGGCCUUGUUACGGGGGAGCUCUGAAAGACAACUCCGCUGUUGCCUUUGUGACGACUACAGUAGAUGCAGGUGGUUAUCAAGAUAAUUCAUUCCAAAAGCUAGUGAAAAAUGGAAAUUCACGAAUUGCAACUUACAUAUGUUCAUCUCUCCAAACAAAAUAUCUAACAAGUUCGUAAGAAGCUCUAAAACCAUGUAAUAUAAAAUCUAAGAACGUUUGCCUUUUCUAGUUGCUAGCCCUUUCGUUGAAUGGAUGAUAUUUCCUUUCCAUCUUUUAUUAUGAUUUUUUAGAAUUAAAUAGCUCCUUUUAAACCCAACCAGCGUUUAUUCAACGUAUUUCCAUGACAUUGACUCUAACAAUACAGGUCAACAUUCGUUGCUGGAAUGGAAGUUUUAACCAAAGGAAAAAGAAGCCAACGAUUCAAUCUAAUUACAACAGAAAGAUUGACUCGCUUUGUAUCCUGCUGUGUGAUAGAUUGUCUCAAAUAGCCACGGCACUGUGCGAAAACCUCGAAAUACAGGUAAAUAGUCUCGAGUCUAAACUAAGAGUCGCUAUUGAAAAUGGCAGUGUGUCUGUUAUUUAUAACUGUAUUAUUGUUUAUAUUGAUCAUAAGCAGUCCCAACACGUAGUCAGACGUAAAAGGCCGACCGCCGCCCGGUUAGCUCAGUUGGGAGAGCGCCGGUCUGCUGAGCGGGAGGCCGUAGGUUCAAACCCCGGCCGGACCAACACUCAGGGUCUUUAAAUAACUGAGGAGAAAGUUCUGCCUCUGUAAUAACAUCUGCAAAUGGUUAGACUUUCUAGUCUUCUCGGAUAAGGACGAUAAACCGUAGGCCCCGUCUCACAAGCCCUUGCACAUGUAAUAAAUCUGUGGGACGUUAAAGAACCCACACACUCUUCGUAAAGAGUAGGGCACGUAGUGCCCGGUGUAGUGGUCUAUCUCACUUUCACACUUAUGUAUGGGGGCAUCAUCACUCGUUCCUUCAGUACUUGUAAACUGCACCUUAAGCAGUCUGGCAAAGUCCCCCAACCAGUGUUGUAAAUUAUCCCUGAAAAGCCCUUAGGGGAGUGGAUAAUAAGAUAUUUACAGUUUACAAAAGGCAUGAUGUGCGUAGUGGAGAUAAGUUAUAACAAUUACUCGUGCAUAAGUUAAAAUAAUUAGUUGGUAGUAAGUUAUUAAAGAUAUCUGUAUCUUAGUCUUCAGGAGGUAUGUCCAAAGAACGUUUGGUGUCAUUUGGUGGAAGAAUAGAGGGUCUAGUGAGGUUUUGUUGCUUGGCGUGUCAGGUGAUGGUUUACUUGAUAAAGAGCAACUCUUUAACCCAGGAAGAAGUGGAAAAUCUGCCCGUGAAGAAGAAAAUUGGGGUGAGUACAUAUGUUGUAGUUUAUUUUUUAUCUUAGCUAAUUUUUUGCUUUUCUUUUGUUUUUGCUUAUGGUAAUGUAUGCUAAUGAAGUUGAGAGAAAAGAAAAAUGAAAAUUACACUGUAGCUCUAAUGUAAUAAAUCAUCGUGAAGGUGGAAUUUAGCAAUUGAAGCCAGGUGUCACAGGUGUAGUCAUCUCGCGAUAAUUAGACACUUCUUCUGGGAGGAAGUGGUGUGUCACAUGGCCACCUGUGGAAAUUUUGACAUCUUUCUGUUAGGUAGUCGUGAUUUUUCUCGAUGGGUGAAACUUAGGGCUCGUGGUAUUUGUAAAGACAUGUGCACCUCUGAACCUAACUGAACCUCUCUUCAGCCGGGGGCCAAGCGCCUUGGUGGGGAAAAGGACGAAUAACGUCACGUAAAAAGCGAAGGACUGAGGAAGGGAAAAGCACACCUUUCCUUCCUCAGCUUCUCGGUCAUUUCGCCUCUUUCUUCAUACUCGCCCGUUUAUUCAGGCUAACCUCUCUCAGGCAGACAUGUGAACACAAACACACAUCUAAUCACAGUGCUAAGGAAUCAUUUGGGUGUUGCAGAAUUUGUUAAACAAAGUGGCUGAUGGGGUGAGUGAAAUCAGCAAAUCGCAUGAUCUUGAAGUAACAACAAGGAUGGAAGUUCUCACUGGGAUCAUUUCUGAAUUGGAGCGAAUGUUCACUGUUUUAUCUGUAAGUAGCUAUUAAAACAUCACGUGGCUAUUUUUAGGCUCAUUUUUUGUCAACUUUUCUCUUUUGUCCCCCCUGUCACACAUGUUUAGCACUCCAUCCGGCUUCAUUGACUAGAAAAAAGGGGAAGAGAAAAUAACGCCUGUUAUGCGGGCCAGGAUAAUGUAGCUAUCAGCUUUGACUUUAAUACUAUUUUGUGAAAGAACCUCCAUCGCUUAAUUUUCAGGAAACAGCGUUGUCACCUGAGCUGUUUUGUGGGAUGAUCUUAAGAGAAAAGACCCCACGUUCAUUGCUGAGUGAAAUUGUAGCCAUUUACAGUGGAGAGGUAAAGUGGUGCAGUAAUAGACCUUUUUAGCGAUACGGUGGCCAUAUUGAAUUUAUUAUAUUUAAGGAAUAUUAUGGGAUACCCAGGGGGCACUGGCUCAGUAUUUAUGCGCGGUUUUCGGACAAAAAGAGAAUUUCAAUGUAUAUAUCUCGGGAAAAAGGCGAUCGUCAUUAUAUCCAAACACGGCACAACGAUCUUUUUUUCCCAUUACAAUCUUUUUCUAGGAAAACUUAAAGAAAAAUUGACCGGAAAAGCGCACAUAAAUACUGAUGCAAGUAUACUGGAUCGCCCUCAUGCCCCUGGGCAUCCCAUAAUACUCCUUAAAUCCAAUUAAUUCAAUAUGGCUGCCGUAUCGGUAAAAAGGUCUAUUGUUCGUUCCUGUUCUGUGUAUAUCAAAAUACCCUCCUACAAAACUUUAACCUCGAUAAAGAUAACUUUGUAGGCUGUCACUUGACCAAAGCAUAACACAUAGAACACCUUAUAUUCAUUGCUGAGUGAAAUAGUUGCCAUAUACACUGGAGAGGUAAAUUUUCUGUAGUAACUAAUCACUCCUGUGAAAUCGUGGCCUUUGUGAAGUGGUGCAUAAAUUGAACACUUCUUUCCUGUAUAACCUAAAUUACCCUUCUCGAACAGUUUGACGUCUAUGAAUUUGUCGUCUGUUACUUACAUUACAGUUUGACGUCUAUGAAUUUGUAGACUGUUACUUCACCAAAGCAAAACGCUGUCUUAUGAAUGACAUCAACACGAUAGACAAUUUCUGGGUGUGGUUUCUGGUAGUACUGCCACAAAGUACGGUACUUUUUUUGUUUCAGAAUUGUAAAGUUUAAAAUGAGAGAAUCCUGAAAUAUAGAGUACCACCUAAUUAGCGGCAAACCAUUUUGUAAGUAACCAUAGAUUGUAAGUAAAAUAUAGCUGUAGUGGUUUUGUUUUUUUUCCUUAGUUGGCACAGACUGCGUCGGUCAAUUCUGGUCGUCUUGAUAUCACAGAGAGAAGUUUCGUCAGCCAGAGUACAAGUGUGGUUAGCAUGGAUGAAACAGAUGGUUUUGAUGAUUUUGAGUCUGAUCUGUCAUCAAGUGAUGAGCUUGUGACCAUCCCUGGCUCACAUAGCCAGUCCCAAAAGAAAGGAGUAAAAUCUGGUGAGUCUUUUGAGUCUUUUUGAAACCGGAAGAGUUUAGUGAUGACACUGAUCAAUGACAUGAUGCCCUUCAUGUUUAGACCUUUUGCAAAAAUCUCUAACAUGGUAAAUUUCACGUCAUGCUGUGUCAUCUUUUUUCUGUGUCAGACACAGCGGAGAACCUAGGAAUAGCGUUUUUAGUAAGUCCAAGUUGUUUCAGUAUUGAUCUAUUGAUGUUGAAUCUUGUCUUAAGCCUAUUCCACCUUGCGAGAGAGCAGUGCAAGGUUUCUGUGCAAGUGGUCAAUGCAGGAUGGAAGAGAUGUUGGCAUUUCAGCUCUUGAUCAUCAACCAAAUGAUAUCAAAGAAAAGGUUGUUAGCUUCUUUAAUUCUGAGGUAAGAAGAUAGAUGUUUUCACUUUACUUAUUUUUGUGGUUCCAUUGGUUAUGAGAGGAAGAUUUUCACUCCAUGGACUCUGAAGAUUUUAAAGGGUGAAAUGCAGUUUAUAGAUAAGGCGUGCAAAUUCUUGGCAAAAAGUACAGGUGUUGCAGUGGAGAGAAGGCGAUAUAUCCCCCUCAAACAAAAUUGGGGGAGGGACUUAUCCCCCUCCACACAGUUCAGUGCCGAAAAUAUCGUUAGCUUAGCCUUCGACAAAUUGUCUGUCACCAAGGUGAUUCUAGGCAGGUCCACAAAAUUUGAACAUCGUAUUGCACAUUACCUCAAUCGGCGACAAAAUUUUUGAGACAUAGUACUUAAAUAGGGUGACUUCGGAGAACAAAAGAAUCCGCACCCCUCCCCUGUCCCCUCCAUUCAAAGUUGGAGUCUUUGUUGUUUUCUAUAGGCAGCUAGAACAAGGGCCCAACAUUGUACGGAGGGGAUGGGGGAGGAAAGCUAUAUUUCCUCCUUUUGAAGUUCAUAAAACGUAAAAAAGCCUACUUUUGGGCGAAGUAUCUCAACUCAUUUUGUCGCCGAUUGUCUGAAUGGAAAUCUACGCGCUGUUGUCCUAUUAGCACCGGUUAGGAGACGGUAACUAGUUGAGAUUACUAUAUUCAUCGGGUCGUUUUUCAGAAGAUAGAUAAGAUACCCUUAUAAUCCCUUUCCUGUGUUUUUCGAGGGAAAAUUAGUUUUGACAAUCUUUGUACUCGGUAGUGAUUUCGAGUAAUUACGCAGCAUACCCACGUACCGAAUGAUUGAUUUUCCUCUGGUAACUAAGUGUGAUCGGUAGGAAUCGAUGGCAGAUAAUAUAUUGUAUUUGAAUAUAUCCCUAGUAAGUUCGAAGUGUUUAUUCGAAGUUUGGCUAUUUGGUAAGGGUGGGAUGGACGAUAAAAUAGCCACGAUUGCUAUGCGCAGGAGAAUUUUCAGGAAAAAUGUUCCAACUUCUAAUGCACAGCAAAGCUGCAUAGCAUCGCUAAAUCUGUGCAGCAAAUUCGUUGCCCAUAUACCCAUGAGGGUCUUUGAAGAAUGUACUUUACAGUAGAAACUGUGAGGUCAGGAGGAGACUGGCCACGAGUAACCAUGAGUAACCAACUUUGUUCUUAAAAGAUAAUUAGAUUAUUUUGCUUUUUUACUCACCAUGGUUACUCGUGGUUACUCGUGGAAAUUCCUCCUAAAGAGCAAUUUUAGCCAUUAUAACUACUUUAAUGCCUAGAAAUCUAUUAAGUUUUCUAUCCUUUUCACUUUGUUCUUUGUUUCGAUGCGUUUCGAUAAAGGAGAGAAUAAGAAAUUGUGCCCGACGCGCCACAUCGCACGAUGUCAAGGCACGGUUAAGCGUGACACGAAAUGUCACGCACUGAAAAUAACGAAAUCGCCUUAUUCUAAUUGUUCUAAAAUAGGUAUGAUGAAGUCAAACAUGACAAAUAAAAAGCCACCAGGGGUGUUACAUCCCAGCAUAAAAAAAUGAAUUCAAUUAACUUUCUAAAGGACGUACGGCCACUUUUGAGAUUCAGACAAUCGGCGACAAAAUUGUUGAGACAUUGUACUUAAAUAGGGUGACUUCGGAGAACAAAAGAAUCCGCACCCCUCCCCUGUCCCUUCCAUUCAAAGUUAGGGUCUUUGGUGUUUUCUAUAGGCAGCUAGAACAAGGGCCCAACAUUGUACGGAGGUGAUGGGGGAGGAAAGCUAUAUUUCCUCCUUUUGAAGUUCAUAAAACGUAAAAAAACCUACUUUUGGGCGAAGUGCCUCAACUCAUUUUGUCACCGAUUGCUGAGGCAUCGGUGACUUCAAAGCGUUCAUUUUAUUUCCUGCAAUGACCAAAAGCGCCAAGAUGCAGGAUCUUCUAAACACCUACCUGCUCAGGCAAUAGGGAGCUUUAGCAACGACGACGGCGACGGCAACAAGAACGGCAAAAAAAACAAUAGUUUUGAUUAGCAAAACAACAACUUUGCACGUGCAUCACACUUUUUUGUACAUUUCUUUGACGUCACUACACGACUACGACGUGAAAAUGCCUAAUUUCACGAUUUAUGGAGAACGUAAACAAGCGACGACGAAUUUUCCUUUCUCUUUCUAAGCUUGAGUCCGGUCCCCAAGAAAUCAACUCCAGUGAAAUUCGCCCACAUUUCACAUUUUCAGUGAACUGGAAUAAACGAGACAAAAAUUGAAAAAACGUGAAUUCAUUUUAAAAGUGACGUUUUCGCUGCCGUCGCCGUCGUCGAUGCUAAAGCUCCCUAUUGUCUAGGAAAGAUUGCAGACAGACUGGCUACUGUUAAAAUUGUAAAGAGGUUUCUUUUGUGCAAUGUACUACCAAAAGAGCGUUUUGGGAAAUUUGAGAAGGGGUAUGCACCUGGCUUGUUGUGCGAUGGAACUUUCCAUGUAAUCCCAUACUUCGAUACGCUCUACCGAGACCGAGUCUGUUGAAUGUUUUUACCUAGGUACCUUUGCAAUCAACAGCCAAUCUGAAAACGGUUUCUUGGAAGUGUGAAUUCUACAAAUUAGUCACUGUGCUUAUGCACUGGAACAGCUCAUAGGAUGGGUACAAGAAAAUUCCAGUUGCACACACCCGACCAAAGCCAGUGCGAGUUUGGUUUGUUCUUGUUAGCAGAAUGUAAAAUAGUGGUACUGGGAACAACAAUUUUGUCAAAUGGAAAGGGACAUUUCAAUCCGACUGGCCAAAAUGAGCGGACCGAUCAAAGAAGACUACCAUCAAAAUUGUCCACAAAUAUUCUGGUCAGACCGAACGAAAUGGUUCGUCCUUUUAAUUUCUAACCGAAAUGUCUGAAAUUUUGGGCUGAGUGCAAAGCGCCCUAGUUUCAAGUUAUCUGUGUUAAUACCCAAGCACUUAUAACUCCUUGUCUCGUCACUUUGUCGAAAGCACCUUGCCCUGUAUUUGCUGUUUAGGAAAAAUGAGAUCGUCAAAAUAGUGACAUCAUCUGAAGUUCUCAUUUCUGGUUUCUUCCUUUUUUGCAGGAAUUUAACAUUUCGAAAGAUGGAGAUCUUAAGUUGGUAUGUUCUCAUACAGUAAAAACCCGCAACUAAGAACCUAAAAAUUAAGAACCUGUUAGCCUAAAAUUGGUCAUUUAUACCCCCUAUAAAAAAAGAACCUAUUUAGCCUAAGAAAUUUAAAACAGGUUCUUAUUUUCUAAAAUCAUACUAGUACAUUACAGCUGCAUUGCAAGAAUCAUAUUUGAAGCAAAAAAAGCAGAUUGCCAUUGUUGUAAAAAUGUUUUUAAAGAAAAAUGAGUGCAAGAUAUGUAGACUUGCAAGGCAUAUUAAGCAAUAUGUAGAUCAGCACACCAUUAUGCAUUAAAGCAAGUAAUAAUAAUAAUGAGGAUUAAGAACCCAUUUUAAGAACCUAAACAGCCUAAAAUUCUGUUAACUACCAUUUAUAUAAGAACCUGUUUAGGCUAACUCCUAAAAAUGUAGGUUCUUAGUUGCGGGUUUUGACUGUAGUGUUUGGUUGUUAUUAUUUUACAGUCACGCAAUACAAUUACCGCUUACAAUGUCACAUUAACUCUGUAGUACUUGAUUCUCGAGCCAGUGAAAAGAAGUGUAUUGGCCAUGUAAUUAAACUGAUUUAGUUUCUAACCUCCUUCCACAUUUUAGUAUUUUACAGUAUCCUUUGCCCUGGCAUCCAGUAAUACCUCUCUUCCAAGUCAUCACUUGGAAGUCCUUCUGGACGUGUUUAGGUAAUGACCUUAAUUCUUGUAUUUCUGAUUCACUGUGUUCUUACAGGAUAUCGGUGACGUCUGUUUCCCUUUCGUAAACGGUCAUUAUCAUUUUUUAACGGUCGAUGCCACCAUUUGUCGUGAUAGAUGUAACAUAUUCUCUGGAUUAAGUUACAAAAGGCAUAUAUUACGUUUUUGAAUAGUGUUAGAAAGAACGGCGUUAAAGCCCAAGUUUAAUUUUUAUUUAAAUUCAUGGAAAGGGCUAGCGUCACCUGUUAUUGCAGUAACAGUUGAGAGAGACACUUUGUCAGUGUAUGUACUUAAAUUUAUUUCGGAAUUUUGGAAUAACAGAUCAAAAAUUUUAAAAUGGUAGCGACCGUUGACGAAAGGGACAACUGCAUCGAAGACAUUGCGACACUCAUAUUGUGAAGGAAGUUUUAAAAUCACUUUGCAGUAAUUUAAAUAAGUCUGGCAAAAUCACCAAAACCAUAAGUUAAGUUUUGUUAAUAUUUUACGUAAAUUCCUCGUCAAAACAUGUUCCAUUACCCUGGACAAUUCGUUAUUAGUUCCCUUUACACAGUCACAUUAUCUUGUUUAAUCAAGUGCCUGAGUGCCAUUAUUCCAUUGAAUGUGCUUGGUGUUGUUGUAAGACUGAAGGGCGUGACCGAAGGGCAUGACAGUCAACUUUCAUAUAAGGAGCAGCACCACUGGCAACUGGGCUCACUAGAAUCUGCCAGGACCUUAAAGCUACGAAACUCGUCAGUAUCCUUUAGGUAGUGCUGGUAAAACUUCACGAGCUUUACGACGGAAAGCAAUUUUUUUCAGUCAUGUUACACACUAGUAAUAAUCAGCCGAAGGAUGUGACGCGGCGUGUUUUACAUGUGCUUGUUAUUAAUCAUUUUUUAACAGCUCUUUUCACUAUCGUGUAGGCAGGCUAUGUCAAAGUAUAGAAAAGAUCAGAAGGUCUGUUGUCAAGGUCUCAAACUUUUGGUGGAGCUAACCCGCCAUCUAAGUGACAACACAAACCUAGACUCAGACCUUCAGUCUUCAAGGGAGAUUGCAGCCCACAUACUUAAAGCAUUUUGGUAAGAUUAUAUUUGGAGACAUUUAAGACGGUCAAGUUAAUAUUUCAAGUUAAUUUCUCUACUUGUGUUAAGGUACUUCGGUUGAGUUGCUGAUUGGGACUCAGAUUUUUUCUUUAUCCAGUACUGACGAAUGCGACCUGUUUCAUUCCUCUUUCCCUGGCUGAGAUGAUCCUCGAAACUAAAAAUAGUUUCUGUGGAAUCUAGUUCAGUGUUUCACCCGUGUUGCAUUUAUUAUACGAUGAGAGAGUUUAAGUAUACGGCUUCAGCCUCUUCCUUUAAGGAACCGGUAUUAUCUUUUUGCCUUAGAUGUUAGUAAGGCUUUUACAGGCUGCUUCAGCGUAAUAUACAUUUAUAGACAAAGGCGAGAGGCUUUUAAUAGCUAGUGCUCCAGGUUUGCAAAGAAUGCGUAAUGUGAAAAGGGCAUGCUGACUAUCAAACACCUUGGAUUUUACUAUUUUACAGGACUUUAAAGGAUACGCAAUACAGUCCGAUUGUAAGGUUACACAUGGCAAAAUGCAUGGAAACGUUUUUGAAGGUAAUUGGUUUAUUACGCCAUCUUAAGCAAAGGAUAGCACAGUGGUGUGAGCGUUCGCCUCCCACCGAUUUGACCCGGGCUCAAAUUCCGGCGUCGGGUAGACGAAGAUGUGCUACCUCCAAAUCGUUAUAGCGGAGCUCUCGCGCAGCGGAGCACCAUGAGUAAGAAAAUAUGGUAAUCUAUUCUUCCAAGAAAUUUUGGUUCUGAGAAAAUCGUUCAUACGGAAUACGUCGGUACGUACGUCCACCCCUUCAUGUUAGCGGAUGCGAAAUGGCACACUUUAAUACUAUCUGUGUAAAACUUGGUAUUGGACAUCCAAGUUGUGAUCAAUUGACAGCUGUCAAAAAAGAGUAACCUCUGACCAAUGUCACACGACUGCUUCGCGGGCUCAGGUAUACAACUCAUGGAAGUGAUGUAAUUUUUAAAGUUAUCCCCUGACCAGUUGUUCGUUUUUAAUUAAUCGCGGGCGAAGGUCAAUUUUUUUAAAGGUAAAAUUCAGUUUGCUCUCUGCUCACGGCCAAAGUAUAAUUAAUUGAGGAAGACAUUCCCUAAAGCAUCCUUCGAGAGCUUCGCUUUUGGCCUUGGCUAAAUCUAUAUAUAAUAUUUAUUUAUUUGUUUUUUCAUUAAGUUGAUUUAGGCUCAUUCCCUUGUGGUGUAACGCAACCCCCUUUUUUUUCAGUUGGAUCCUGAGGAGAAUUGGUGUGGCAUGAAGCAAGUAAAGAAAGAUCGGGAUGGAGGUAAGGCUUCUCUGUUACGUGUGUUACAGAAUGAUUUCGUAUUAAGUCAGCAUUACUUUACAAAGCGGAAAACACAGAUAAUCAACGCAGUAACUUUAGUGUGUACGUGUAUACCUUGCCAUAACUGUCCUUACAUUUGGCAAAUGUGUCCGUGGGCUGAGCAGCGUUUUGUGGUAUCUUGGUUAUUGGUAAUUCGUAAGGCAGGUGAUGAAGUUGGCUGAUAAUGUGAAAGCAAGCUAGUUGACUGUGAUGACUGAUCUAUGAACGUGAUAUUAUUUUGUGGGUGAAUAAAGGUCUGUCUUUUGGGGACUCCUUUUUUCCUGACACGAGACUUUUCGGUUUGGCUUUUUUCGCUAUAAGAUCUCAAACGUGACUUAAAAUGGGCUGAACGUCACAGUAUGUCUCUACUUACCGGUUUUAUGGUUCCUAUUUUUACUCUCUCUGCAGCUGUGAAGGAAUCUUCGUCUCUCUCCCUGAGCGAGGAAUUCCCCAAGCUUCUUGGUGACUCCAGCCACCUGUUAAGAACAUACAUGGCUUCUGCCAUUAAAGUGCUCUUUGUGAGACAUGUCACAAACGCUUCUGCUGUUCCUGCUCCUCGUGACCAUCAGUACGAAAUGUUUGAGCGUGUGGCACAAAUCCUGGUUCAGUCAUUAACUGAAACAGUGGCCGUGAGUAAAUGUUAUUGGUCAUUUUGGGGUUGAGCGUGAACCUGGGUCGGUGUUGUGUCGAAUUGCACCAUGGGACUGUUCUGGGGAUGCUCUCGCUUCUUCCAUUUUAGAGCUUUAGAUUCUGAGACGAAGACUACUACGAGUGCGAAAUUUUCCCAAUACUGAGUAAUGCUCACGCGUGAGCCAGCGUCGUUUUGGCGGGAAAACGUGAUAGCCGUCGUGAUUCUACUACGAGUUUCAGCGAGAAUGUCGUAGUGGCGGGAACAAGUUAUCAAAUGUAAGAGGUUUUAUCAUUUUGCUACCGGGAGAGGGCUUAACCUCCUUCAGUGUAAAUAAUCGUACUAACUUUUUUUGGCGAAAAAGAGUGAAAUGAGCUUUCCGGGGUGUCUUUUUUUGAAAACACGCGUUAAAAAAACUUUAAGUUAAAUCUGGCACUCGUUCUCGUUCUCAAAUCUAAAGGUCUCUAUUGGCUAUUAGGAGGUUGCACAAGAAAAUAAGUCAAAUUUCCUUUCAUAAAAAGCCCCAUGGUGAAAAUCAACGCCACACCGACCCAGUCUCGAGCAGGUCCUUAAAAUAAUUAAUAAAUAUGAAAUAAAUAAUUAAUUAACGAUUUUUAAAGGUGGCACAUCCACAUAUUUUGUUGAAAUUGUAGCUCAAUAGACAAGUGUGAGUUAUUUUGAAUGUAUUAUUUUCUGUUUGUUCUACUGUUUCGGUCUCCUGUGCAGCAUGUAGUGCUUGUUAAUGACUUCUAAUGCUGUUCGAUAUGUGCAUAACGCAAAUAUGCAAUAAAGAUAAUUGUAAGCAAGCGAAUAUUAACGUUAAAAGCCGACGUUUCGGUAUCAUCAUGACACCAUUCUCAAGGCAAAAUGAAUAAAUAAUGCGAAGAUUUGAUUUUGAUUUGUUUUUUUGUGAUUUUUUUGCCUUGAGAAUGGUGUCAUGAUGAAACGUCGGCUUUUAACGUUAAUAUUCGCUUGCUUAUGUUUUAAGAAAUCGUUUUUGAUAAAGAUAAUUGCUGCUCGAAAACCAAGAGAGGUUCCAUCGUUAACUGGUGUUAUUCAGAGGGUGUGGAAUAAAAUUUUUAACUUUUUUAUUUGAUAAAGGAAACUUUGAGUGAAGAGGAAAGAGAAGAUGAAGGUGUUAACAGAUCUAGCUCUAUGCUUGCAUGCCUCAAGCAAAUUGCACUCAUCAGUCCUAUCUGUGAAAAGAGGGCUAUUGCUCUGCUCUUCCAAGCAGUCAAGGAACAGUUUUUGAACAAGGAUUUGGUCAAAAAGGUAAAGAGUAGAAAUCAAUUCAAAUGCUAUCUUUUCUUACGUUAUUGUGGUGUUCAAGACUUUAAGCAGUACCUCCCAAAUUGUUUCUAAAAGAGAGAUCGAACCCACGAAGGUCCUGCGAAAGACACCGUAACAACUCUGAAAACUCGAAAACAAAAACUCCUUGGUAAUUUGGUGAAUUCUUUACUCUUGAGAUUGGGAUGUCAACAGGAUGCGAUCCCUAAAUUCCAGAGGGAAGUGGUUCAUAUGUUGUGAAAAUGCAGCUUCUUCAAUCACUGGGAUAAAAUUGAAAUCUCUUUAGGACUUAAAACGUCGGCGGAUGAUCCUAUAUCCAGGCUUAGUGUUAGGUUGGUGUUGAAUGGACAAAAAGUGAAUACAAAUUCAUAUUAGUAAAGGAAUGCACAAUGUGACCCCGAGAUUAAGCGUGUUGAACGUAAGUGAACCUCACCCAGCACUGCACUCAUUUUGCCAUGUCUUGCUUAUCUUGUUUUGCACUGCAGUGCGCGGGAUUUUCGUGGAGCUUUUAAUUAAUGGGGCGAUAAAUAAUUUUUUCCCAUUUAGCUUGGCCACUGUUGGAAAAGGUAGAUUUUAUUUCUUUAAAACUAUUGUUAGGUUCUGGCUCAGCUGGCUUGUGAGCUGGGUUACACAUCAAGAGCUGCAUAUGUCAAGAACCAUCUAGAAUUUAUCAUUGAUGACUGGCUAAAACAUGACUUUAAGAUCACUGACUUUCCCUGUGAGAUGCUAGACUUCAAAAGAGUUGCUGAUUUUUUCCAGUAAGUGUAAUAAAUUACUUGAACUUCCGUUGGGGUAGCUGGUACUUAAACCUUUUCACUUCCAGAUUUGAUUGAUGAGCCGUGAAAAGUGGUUCUAACUUUUGUGUCUUUCGACAAAAUCGUAUGGUGUGACCAUUUAAAUGAAAUCUGUUCAGUAGUUUCUUCCCAUGGUGCUAAUGGUGCUAUUUAUUUAGUAUGUUGUUCUUACUUGGGUGAGUCUGUGGAUACAAUCCUAUUGUGUGGCCAUUCAAAUGAAACCUUUUCAGUAGUACUUUCACAUCGUACUAUUUAUAUAGUGCAUGUAUAUAGUUCUAACUUUUAAGUCUGUCAACGAAAUCGCAUGGUAUGACCAUUCAAACGAAACCUCUUCAGCAGUAGUUUUGUAUGGUCUAUUGCUAUUUGUUUUUCAUUAUUUUACAAAAUGAAAUUUGGAAAUUUUGUUUAAUUUUGACUUAAGCGACUUUUGGGAGUUAAAGGGGCAAGGAACUAGACCUUAUUCACGAUACCCGCCAUCACUGCACGCGCUAAAGGACUGAUGGGGUAAAAGCAAUGUCACAUGUCACAAUAAAUCGCAGACGUGUUUUUUUAUUCUAGAUAACAGAAAAUGAACAACUUUUUAUCUUGAAAACGAUAAUGGCAAACUGUAGGUGUAAGUGAUCAUUGUUACUGUUUUGGAUGCAGUAGUAGACUGCGAGCAGUGUCUUACUUUUCUUUGUAAAGUUACUGCACGCGAAACCUAAAUACGCGAGCGACGAAGCCGCUUGCCCCGAGAAACGAGGGCGUAAGCCCGAGAAGAAAAAAUAGUUUCUCGUCUCGUCUCGAUCCCUAUAUAAUAACAUUGUGGUUUGCAAUCCCGCUGGAUGAGAUAAGAACUAGAAAAAGGCGGACUGCAAGCAGUCUAAUGAAGUAGCGACCGUACAUGUUCUCACAGCAAGCAAUAUUGACAUGAAACUUGAGGAAAUUCGACCCGGACAAUUUGCUUGACUGUCAAAUCGUCGUCUCGUUUUGAGAGAAUAAACAAACUCGACAAUUACUACUUGUAUUGGCUAAUUUUAUCACUUGUUUCCCCCCUGAAAUACCACGUGACAUUGCUUUUAUCCCAUCCAUCCUAAAGCGCGUGCAAAGAUGACGAGUAUCGUGAAUAAGGUCUAUUGGCUUUUGAAACAGGCUUAUUUCAAUGUCCGUUCGUUGUAUAUUCAAGGUAUCAUCAUUCAUCCAUUCUGCCCAGUCUCAUAUCAAGACCAGAGACUGCUCAGCAAUCAGUUGCACUGUUUACCGAACAGCUUGUCCCAAGCGGCGACUGCAGGGAGUUUGUAAGAGAAAGCUUCUGCCAUAUCACCGCUUAUUAUUUGCCGUGGUUUGCCCAACAAAGCAGAAUAGAUGCGAUGAAGUCAAGUGAGCAGGCAAAAAUUGCACAAGCCAGAAAGAGCUACGAUUUUCUUGUUAGCAUUCUUACCGAGGAGGUCAGUUUGGUCUGGUACAUUUUUAGAAAAGGUCAGAUCUUUUCUUUUCACAGUUUUGUAUGAUUUUAUUGAUCCCUUUUACUAUUGGAUGCUCACAUAUUACGUGUAACAGACGACUAGAAGUCAAAAUGUUUUACAGUUGCGCUAUAAUUGAAAGUGCAUUUGGACAAAUGACGUUGUGUCAUGCUUAAACCAUAGUCCAUCAACAGACAGAUGAGCUCAAUAAAAUCAUAUGGGCUUGUAUUAGAGAAUGGUAAAAAAAUAAAUACUGAUGAAAGUAUAGAAAAUACACUUGAAGUUUUGUUCUUUGAAGAACAAAAACUUAAUUUUAUUUUUUAUAUUUUCAAGGUUUUCAAGAUUUUAAAAACCUCAUAAAACCCGGCCACAUUUUAACUCCAAUUCUUUACUAGUGGGGAAUCAAAAAUUGAGCGAUUGGCAGAGGAAUAAACUGCUAUAUAGGCAAAUUUUAAGCCUUUCAAUAUGCUCUCAGUUCUUGUUUUAUGAGGUCAAAAACUCUCCGCCUCAUAAGCACAUUUGAGCAACACUGCAGUUUAUUUUGCAGGCUGUAGACAAGUUAUUUGCAAAGAAGUUUGACGAGCAGAUAGUAUCUCUUCUUCUACGGAUGUAUGAACCAACUUCAGAAGGCUCGGACCUUUCCCAGUUUACCAAGUUAGUAUCUCUUUUAAACUUAAAGCAGGCAAGCAGUUGAUUAUGUGCACGUAGUCCACGGUGAAGUGUGGGAGUCUUGCCUUUUGACCAACGUUGAUCACGGGAGUGGAUUUCUAGACAAUUGACCCAGAGGAGGAGUUUUUUUUGCGCUUCACGUUAACAGCACUACCCAAACAUUACAUUGUGUAUGCAAAAUGCCAGAGAACAUGCUGAUUAAAUGAAUGUAUGAAGUUUAAACUAGGCUACUCCUCAAGAAAGGCUUUUCGUUGUAUAACGUUUUCUACUGUUUACUCUUUACAACUUUUAAAUGUUAUGGUAGCUAGAAAUCUUUCCUCGUUUAGUGGUCCAUCUCAAACACACUUUCGCAUCAGGGGAUAUUCUUACCUUAGGCAGUCUGGCUAUAGUUCCUCAACUAGUGUUUUAAAUUUUAGUUAAGUCCAACGAGUGGUCUAUUAUCAAUGGUGCAUUCUGAUUGGUUGAGCGGCUACUAGGCUCUAUGUUAUAGCCCACUAGUAGCGAAAAACGCCGUAUUUUUGGCGGCAAAAAGGGAUUAAAGUCUUGCUUUAACUAGCUAAAGUUGUUUUGUCUCGAUAUUUUUGACCAAAUAGUUGGAUUUUACUAAAACAAUUAUUACUCACGCCCUCAUGGCCCAUCCGGCCCAUUCGGGCUCGAGGAAUAAUUGUUAAAUAUUUCAAAAGCCCUGAAGGGAAUGGAUAAUAUGAUAUUUAUAAUUACAAUUGCAAACUCUCCUGAUAGAGAAACCGACCCAGAGCCUGAUCCUCCCUUUUUCACGUCACAUGCUAUCAAGGCUACAUUUGAUUACCUUACAAGCUGUCAUCCUGGAGCCAAGUCCAUCGUCUCGAUACUUUGCACUUCAAAGGUAUUUGUAUUCAUUUUAUUUUCUCUGCUCGAGACAAUGCAGUCAUUGUAGCGAUUUACUUCAGAUAAAGCUGGUUGAAAUUGAUAGGUAAAUCAAAAGCUCUCGACCUGACACUUAAACUUGUUAAUGUGUAAAAAUUUGUAUUAACUGCAAUUUUUUCUUUGAUGAGCUUUGCAAAAGCCGUAAGGCAACACAUUUUCUUUUCUGUUUUCACGUUAACUCUUUAACUGCCAGAAGUGAUAGUUAUGUAACUUCUCCUUAGAAUAUUCAAUACAUUGUCCAACAGAUAAAUGGUGAGAAUAGAGAAAUUUAUUAGCCAGAGAAUAUUUAUAUUUAUAUAACCCCAAACUCUUCUAUUAGAUAUUCAAUAAAAUCUAUAGCAACCUCUCUUUUUCCUCAGGACAGCAUUCAGAAAAUUUUAUUAGCGCUUACAUCUCGCAUUGCUGGGUCCCACCUUAUCCACGAAAAGAGAAGAAUUUUAACAAUGUAUCGACUUUUCGUGUUGCUUCUUCUGAAAGACUUAGCCCAAGGGUUAGGGAAGAACUGGGCUUUUUUCAUUCGAGAUGUUAUCCAUUCUUUGCUGAGAAUUAUCAACGAGGAGAAAGAACUUGAAAAACGUCCGAGGCAACACACUCAGGAAAUUCAACUUGUCGUUGAUAGUGACUUGGUCCUACCAUGUUGCAAUCUUCUUUACUAUGUCUGUAAAGCCGCCGUGGAAUGUUGUAGCCAGGUAAGAUGAACGCUCGUUCUUUUCAAUAUUUUUCACACUACUCAAGAACACAAACCAGGCUUAAAAAAGCUGUGUCACGGCAGUCCAGUUCAUUUUGUUUAAUUUUGCCAAUUACUCGCCCUCAAUCGCUACGGAACUUAAAGCAAGCAAAGUAAAUACAUGUAAAUGACAAAAUCAGAGAUCCGAGACAAACAAAUAUGUCUCCUGAGCAUUAUUUUUGAAGUUGCAAGCAGCAGGGAUCAACUUUGAAAAACUGUUAGGCUGAACAGUUUUCAAAAACCCUAAUUUCAAUCCAUUUCAAUCUUCUUCAGUUUUGCCCACCGUGGCAACUGUUGUUUCUGUCAUGUUAAUUUAACCUUCCUUUAAAGUUUUAAACGGUUAUUUUUAUGUUUCUCUUAAUUAAACGGGCAUUUUGUAAUUUCCUAAUUUAGCUGAAUUUCGUGACACAGCUCCUUUAAAUCAUGUUUCAGUAGGGUUGUGGACCAACUUAAACGCGCACUUUCCAUUCAGCCCAAAAUUCUGGAAAUUUCAUUUAGAAGUCAGAUGGAACUGACCAUUUGUGUUCGGGCCGACCGUAAUAUUUGGGACCACCCUUACAGGAGCUCACUUCGACUGGUCCUACCGGUCGGACCGAAAUGUCCCUUUUCCCUUUCCUUUCCAAAAUGUUUUCCCAGUACCGGUCUUCUGUAUCCUGUUUACAGGUUCUAGAACCAAACGCGCAGUGGCUUUGGUACACUGGGCACGUGGAAUCUUCUUCAUGUUUGUCCAUCCGUGCCUCUCUUUGUAUUGUUUGGUUACUGAUACCUUGUUUUAACGUUUUGAUUUGGUGGCAGUUCCGACGGUUUAUUUUAUUUUUAAUUUCGUUACAAAGCUCCUUUAACCCUUGUUUUUACCAUGGGAUCCGGGGAUCUCUCAUGGUACGUUCACCUUUACAUAAUAUGACUUAGUAAAUCGAUCAUUGGUUAUCUGCAAGAAACUAUUUUCUCUAAUGUAGGAGUUAAGCGGUCAUCUUCAUGUUAUCGUAAGCACCUUAACUCCAUAUGCCUUGGGUGAAGGAAAGAGAGGACAGCAGGUAAUUUGCACAUAUUAACUUGAAUGUUGAGCCUCCGCCAGGUCUUAUUUUACAAAACAAAUCACUCAGAUACCAGAGUGAGCAGAGUACAGAGUGACACCCACCUUCGUGGCUGUCAUAUUCGAUCAGCAUGUAGUUGGUGCAACUAAAAAAAAAGUGCCGUCCGGUAGUCCGGGACAAAAUUUUGUUUUUUGCUGGGCAAGCAACAGGUUUAAAGCUCACUUGCCCAGACCACCGCGGUCAAACGUCUAAAUCGUUAUUUUUGUUUUUUAUUUCUGGGAUUUCAUUUACCAGUUAGAGAAAAAUGGGCAAAGAUGUAUGAAUCAGUUAGUUAACAUAACUAUCUUUCCAUUUUUCUCAAAAUUUUGAGCUUUUUUCGCUGAAAACGCUUCGCGCUAAAAGAGAAUCAUGUUUGAAAAUGGCGCUGAUAAUAGUAAACUAUUAGUAAACUAAUAGGUGUUGGUAAUACCCUAAACUUUCGAUAGUGAAAGUAGCAACCUUAACUUUGAAGUAUUUCGCUUAACUUUUGCAAAUUUCACUCGUUUGACCGCUGUGAACUUGCCCAGUGGGUAACGGUCGAGGCAACUCAUCUUCUAACAAAAUCAUUACGUGGAACAAGCAAGAAGUGGCCCCGGGCAGGCAAAAUAUGAGAGUUGCUUGCUCAAAGGACAAGCUGGAAUUCAAUGUUUUUUCGAGCCCUUGGAAAGACAAUGUGUAUAGCAGUCUAACCGUCCCUCAGAAAUGUAGGCGUUUGGGUGUAGGUACCUUUUUUGAUCAGUAUCCUCUUAGGUGAUCUAACGCAUGUUGUCAUUAUGCUGUCAAACGAUGUCCAAAUAGAAUUGAUUAACAUCGAGGUUAGUGACUGCAAGAGCAAGCUUGAGGUGUGACUCAUUGCUAUGUUCAUUUUCAUGCAGGCUUUUCAAUUGCUGAACUUCUUGAUAUUGGACUCAAGCAAAGACUUACGUGACACUAUUAGGUGUCUUGAUCCAUUUCCAGAUACUAUGCAGUUCAAACAAAUCAAUAAGAGCCAUAAGCAGUUAAAGGAGGAUCGAACUUCAUUACUUGAGGUAAAAGCUUUCAAGUUAUCUAGAGACAAGGCAAAACGCAUAUUCGUCCUUGUGGCUUAAUUACUUGUCUUUACCCAUUAUCGUCAUCGUCAUCAUCAUCAACGUCAUAUGCAUCGUCAUUACCGCUAGCCUGAGUAAUAUCAUUGAACUAAUGUCGUCACUCUGAGCAUCCUUACAAACUUUGACAUCGCACCGUUAUUGAUGUUUCAUCAUUGUUUCAAACAAUUACGAAUGUUGAAUAGUGAAACUUUGUUCAUAUGUUCAUGUUUUCUUUUAUUUGAUUAUUGUCCAAUAAAAUAGGGAGGAUGAGCAAGUUCGUGUUUUACCUAGGUGCCUCAAAUAUCCUCUAUAGACCUAUCAUUUGCCGUCUUUAUGCAAGUUUCAAGUGGGUUCUCAGAAUGCCUAUAAAUCUACCUUGUUAAUGCUCACUUUCCUCUCCUUCGGAUACUUGAGGCAACCCUAUCCUAUGUUAUGAUUUAUUGAUUGAUUUUCCUUGAAUUUGUUAUCUCUUCGUUAUCAGGAAAUUACCCACUUUCUGUCCGCGGAUUCAAACUUGUCUCCUGAGACUAGACUGGAGGGCUUGAGGCUGGUAAAAACGUCAAUAAUUAAAAACAAGCACCAGCUGGUGGAUCUUGUUGAGAGGACGGAAGGUGAUGAAGUUUUACUAUUUUACUAAGACGAACCAAAGAGUACCGUAACUGUAUUCACUUUAGGUUUGUUCGUAGCAAUCAGUUACGCGACUACAUAUAGCCAAGAUAAAGGGCCCGUUGCUUACAAUAAAAGGUAUUUGUCAUAUUCACAUCUAAUCUGUAGAUGAACGGUCACGCUUGGGUAUUCCCUGCACAAACGGGAAAGUAGCUACCUGUUUAAAAAACAAAAAAUCAAAUAAAUAACGAUUAGAGCCCGUUAGAGGUAGCACAUCCACAGAGUGGUUCUUCCUUUACCAUUUCUUGUCAAAUUGGAAUUUGGAAAUGUUGGUUUUUGAGGGGAGGGGAGGGGAGAAACCUCUCGGAGUAAAUAGAGAACCCAGGUCGCAUGGGUGGAAGGCGAGUUCUCUCACCACUGCGCCACCCUUGCUCUCCAAAAUGACACAUCAACAACAAAACAACAACAAAGUUUAUUAGGAACACUUCAAUAAUAUACUAGAGUUCAAUGUUUAAUGUUCCCCCGGAAACAGAAAAUCUAAGGCGAAAAAAGAGAAAGAAAUAUUUAUGCUAUAAGAAACGAAACAAACAAACAAACAAACAAAAAAACAAAACGCGAAAGAGACGUUUCCUAUGUUUUUAUUUUUCUUGUUGUUUUACUACUCUCUAGUCGCAAGCAGCAAGCCGCCAUCCAGUACUGUUGCUGACCUUGUUCACGGACUCAUCAAGCUUGGUUCUGAUUUAAAGUCGUGUCAAGAAGACCAGGCUAAGGCUGUGCAGUAUGAAGUGGCAACCUGCCUGGGUGAAAUUGGAGCUGUUGACUUAUCAACUGUUUCACUUAGGCGUAAAGAUGCAGAAACAGGUAAUUAAGAGUGCAUUUUGUCGCGUCCUUUAAUAAUGUCCUUAUACCAGUAUAGGGUACGCUUUCCAAUCUUCGUACGCGUGGAAACGCCAGAAAAUCUCGUGGGAAGCUCAAAUGGCCUUCUUUUUUUCUGUUUGAUAUGCAUGCAGUUGACAAAGUUAAGUUUAAUUGAUAUUUCUCUACGUGAAGGCCAAUUAUUUGGUCGAUAGAUUUGCAGGGAAAACCAUACAUUCGAAAGUGGGAUCUUUUCUUGUGUUAACACUUUAAAUCAGGACAUCCUUACAGGGAAAGUAAGCCAGGGUACUCUUGUGAAUAUUGACAAUUUCCUCUUUCUGAUAUUUAGUCACAUUACCAAUGCUCCAUUGAAUAAAAAGUUUGUUUCUGCAAAGCCUGAAAAGAGGUGUAAAGCGCUGUUCCGCGGACGAAGCCAUUUUACUCUGGAUAAGUGUUUACUAGACCAUUGCCUCAACUUCUGAUUGGUUCGUUGGGUUGUCCAUGUCUGUUGCCAUUGGCUACAGAAGCAUUCUCGAUGGGGUCAUUUGACCACAAAUACAAGAGGCCAUUUUUUUUUCUUUCAUAUUUGAAUUUAGCAAUCUACUGAGGUUUCAAAACCAAAAGCCGUAAUUGCUUAAGAAAAUACGAUUCUGAACGAUUCUGGUACAUUAAGUAAAACGACGCCAUCUAGCAAAAUACCUGUUACUUAAGUUGUAGGUAAAUAACACUAAUUACAAAAACCACUGCAGUCAAAGGUUUUAUCGUUUUUUUUUCUUUUCAGACUCCUUAGCUGGCAAUUCUAUAAGUCAAAGAAAUUCUACUAUUGUGUGUCUUUUAAAUUCGUAUCUUGUAGACAAAAGGUAAGGCAUUUGUUUUAUUCCGAUAUUGAUAUUUUCAUUUAGUAAAAUCCAAAUAGUGGUCUAUUAUCAAUGCGGCGUUCUGAUUGGCUGAGCUACUACCAGGCUAUAUGUUAUAGCCCACUAGUAGGGAAAAGCGCGGGCUUUUUGGCGGCAAAAAAGGAUUAAAGUCUAGCUUUAAAUAGCUAAAAGUUUUUUAUUCUCGAUAUUUUUGACCAACUAGUUGAUUUUACUAAAACAAUUACUCCUCUCGCCCUCAUGGCCUCUGAGUCAAUAUCCCAUUCGGUCUUCGGCUUCAUGGGCUAUUGACUCAGAGCCCAUUCGGGCUUGAGGAGUAAUUGUUAAUUAGUUGCUACAUACUCGAUGCUUUAUACUUUGUUCCUUUUUUUUGAAUAUGUUUUCUCGAAUGGUGUAAUGAAUUGUUUCUUAUCAGGUUAUGUUCACACUAUACCGGAUAGCUCUAACGCCGGCACGAAACCCAUUUACCGGAUAGGCUUCUGUUCACACACAUGAAACGUGUUUUGGCGCCAUUUCUGUAACGGAGCGAAGCUACGCCGCUCCGAUCUCGAAAGUAGAACGUCACAUAGCGAAAAGGUUCUGUGCCACGGAACAGUUAUUCGGCCAUAGCGUAAGGGAAUAAAAAGGAGCGAGGACUGGAACCUGCUGAGACGAAAGUUGAUAUUUAGGAGUAAGGACUGGGAUUUAGUUCACCAAACCCUCUCGGCCAACCGCUCCGGCACGAUAUUGACCAUUCCAAAAAAUACCGUAACAUACCAUAAUGCCCUUUGUUGUGAACCCAAAAUUUUGCAUAAGCAUUGUUUUCAGUUUCUCUUGGGGCCAUUUUAACUCCCAAGAGGAACUGAAGACAAUGCUUAUGCAAAAUUUUGGGUUCACAAACAACGAGCAUUAUGGUAUGUUAUGGUAUUUUCCGGAGUGGUCAAUUCGAUAUGUGUGAACGACUUGUUCCAGUACGGUGCCGUUGCUGUUCAUACUAUACCGGAUGGCUUUUCAUGUCGGCACGAAAACGUAUUCCUUUUUCAACGUCAGAAGAAUGGAAGUUAAACUAUUACUAAUCUGUAUUCGCUUGGGAGAAACUUUCCCGUGGGCAUUUUACUGGUGGAACUGUCUGACUGGAGUGAGUUACAUUGAUUUCGGCCGUUUUCAACCUAGAGACAGGUGGUACAAUCCCUGCUAUAUUGCACCGAAAAGAAUCGCCAGCAGCCUGUUAAUGUUGGCUGUCAAUUUUGCCUUAGGGGCGGGGGAGGGGGGUGGGUAGGUGGGCAGUUUGCCAGAAACCUAACUUGAUAACCCAAAAGAUUACUCUUAACAAGGCUUUUAUUAUGGUCACAGUGUUCAAGUUGUAACCGCUGCUGCUUCAUGCUUAAAGCAAAUUCUUGCAACGGAAUCAGGAUUUCAGCUUCUAAAGAGAUUUGAUGAGUUGAAACAAGAACAGCUCUUGUGGUACCUUGAGCCUUUCAAAUCGACCAAGAAAAGACGGGCAAGUUUAUAAUAAAAAGAUAAAGUAGUCAGAUUGAAACUAAAACUUGUAAAUGACUUGUAUAUCUGACAUAUGUAGUGCACGCGUCUCUUCCAUCUGUGGAGACCGUUCCUGUAUUUCGCUCCAGUGAGCAAACACAAAGAAUUCUUGGUUUGCAACCACGUGACAAGGCGGCCAUGUUGGGGGUCAAUACAAAAGAAUUUUUUCUCGAAGAAUUUACAUGAAAAAAGAGUUUAGAAUUUCUUUUGUUCUUGACCAAUAACAUGGCCGCCGUGACGUCACUUGCAAACGAGCAGUUGAGGUCAAGGCUUGGGUGGACAAUAAAGAGCUUUAGAGUGAGGGACGAGGACGAGGACGACAUUUAAUUUUCGGUUUUCUCGCCUAUUCUCUUUUAAUAAACACUCCGGAGAGCUUCAUUGUAUUUUUUUUUUGUUUCACCACAAAAGUUAGUUCGCUUGUUUCCGUUGAAGAAGGUGAAGCCCUCUCUCGACCGCUAAAAGGAUAAAAUUCCUCACAUUUGAUAACUUGUUCCUGCCACUACGACAUUCUCGCUAAUACUCGUAGUAGAAUGACGAUGGCUAUCAUAUUUUCCCGCCAAAAUGACGUUUGUUCGCGCGCGCACACUACUUAGUAUUGAGAAAAUCUCGUUCUCGUUGUUGGGUAUUUAAUUUUGAGGGCGUAGGGACGUUUGAAUGACGCGAGUGAAUCUAAAUGAAACCACCGCAAUAUGUGUAGAUGUUGUACUUAAUUUUUCAUCGUAGGUAAUUUUUAUUUUCCUUUGUUUCAACUUUAUUAGCAUACAUUAUCAUACCCAAAAUCAAAAGGAAAACAAAAAUUACCUGGAAUAAAAACUUAACUACAACAUAUACACUUGUCGCAACGUACCAUGCAGCACCUACCCAAAAGGUUGUAAAAACCAUGAUAAAUACUUUUUUCCUGUUCCUGUUCAGACAUCCGGUGGCGCGUCUGCUGUGGAAGUAAUAUCUGAUGUUAAGCUAGAUGACGCAAAUUUAUGGAUACCGGGCCUCGAUGGCCAAGAAUACAGUCACGAACAGUGGAUAACCAAACUGGCCUGUACUUUGAUCGAAAGUGGACUUGUCAAAGACGAAGUGCUGUUUGUUUUGUCUCCUAUUUGCAGAACAAAGGUAUUCCGAUUUUCUUAUUGUGAAAUUUACAGCAUUAAGAAUAUUUCCUAGCUUGUGUAGGAAACGUUAGAUUCCGAGUUCCAAAAACCCCCACUUUCAAAAUGAGUUUAGGUGCACAACCUUUCUUGUGAAAAUGAGUUUUAUUUGCAUGGGAAUGAAAAAUGAUUUUCAUAUCAAAGGCUGAGCACCUACCGUCGUUUUGAAACAGAGGCCCUGGGGAACUCGGAAAUGGCCUAUUGAAUUGAAUUGAAUUGAGUUAAUAUUCAAACUUCGUACUCUGUAAGUAUAUGUGCGUGUUGAUUGGCUAAUAAGAGUGUGUCACUGGUGUAUAGCGCACAAUGUCCACGCUUUAGUGACUUCUUAUCCCCUUAGUGACCGUUUAAUGAAGUUUAUAAUUUAUAACUUCACAUAACUUUUGAUUUAUCAUUUUUGCUGAAAAGCUGUAUUUCGAUUUCUUUUUCUCGCUAUUUUGACACGAACUGUGUUUUGAACCUUUUUGCUGCUGCUUCCGACGCCUUUACAAGUCUUUCUAAAACCCUGCAAAGCUAGAGAAAAUGCCUGAAGAUUUCACACGCUCUGGGAGGACAAAUUACCAAGAAUGCACAAAAUACCUCUCAAUGAAUGUUAAUUGCAUUUCGACAAAAAUCUGCAAGAAAAAACGUCCGUUCGCAUCCUAACACUACCGAGCAUCUGGCAAAGGUCUCGAAGAAAUUCGACGCAUAUGAACGGAUGUUAUGAGCUUAGAAAUAUUUUGAGUGAAUAAUAAUACAGUCAUUGAAUUUUGCUUUCGGACGAUGUGAAGAAUCAUGAAGAAGAUAUCAUAGCGUGAUAUCCGCCUCAGCUGAACUCUCGCCGAUCUGUGUGAUUCCUCAUAUCAUGCUCAGCCUCAUCCAAUAAUUAAUAGGCCAUUUGCACUAUGACAUCAUUUUACUACUACGACCAGAAUCCAGAAAAACGAAAAGGAUUCUGGUCGUAGUAGUAAAAUGACGCCAUCGUGCAAAUGACCUAUUGAUUAAUGGCCGGUGUAUUUAUUACCAAGAUUCCCUGUCAACCCUUUCCUUUAUUUAUGACCAUUUUUGAAUACUGUUGUUAGCUUUCAUUAUUGUUUUAUUAUUAUUUUCUUCAGGUGGAGUUUGCUGAACAUGUAUUUCCUUACCUCGUACAUAACGUCUUGGAAUGUGACGAUGACGUUGCCAGGACCACUUUAUCGGAUCAAUUCAGAAAUUUCUUUAGUCAUUGCAAUGGCACAAGUGUGAUAACCAGUAGCGCUAGCUCGCCUUUCCCGUCUACAGUACCAUCAUCAAACACUUCUGGGAUAUUUGGAAGUGAGUGGAAUGAAUGUCAAAUACGUUUGAGGGAGCGGGGUAAUAGCAAGGGGGGGGGGGGGGGGGGGGGGGGGGAGAGGCGGGGCAUAUUUACUUUAGCAAAACUGGUCACCUUACUGCUUUUUCAAAGAACCAGAAGUGCUCUGUAUUCAUAAAGGACUAAUAUUAAAGUUGAAGCUCAUCACGUCGGGGGUCAUGUGGUCCAACAUAAGAAACAAAUCUGAACUUCCAGCAAAGGUUAUGAAAAUUAAUAUAAUGAUCACCAAAGGAUUAAAAACUUAGAUAUUUGAUAGCAAAUGUUUGGAGAUCUCUGUGGUGGAUUUAAUUGUGGUUUAAGGGUGAAUGGAAAACAGCCUUUUAGCUCCAGCCGUCCCCUCUGCAUGAAACGAGUGAUGAACAAAAGGAGAGCGAUUGCUAGAGAUUGUAGCUUUUAUACCUUGUUGGUUCUUUCCUUGGACUGUCUGUUCGCCGCUGGAGAAUUUUAAAUUGAAAUUUCUGGAGUAACUUGCAGAUUUAUUUGCUCAAUUGUAGUUUAAGACUAGCUGAAUUUUAAACAAUUACAGACAUUGACGCGACGCAAGUUUAUAAAGCGUUUUCACAUGGCGUCACGGUGGCCAUAUUGGUGUCCGAAAAAAUUCUGGGAGUUGAAGGUUUUUUCUGGGUAAAAACUUUCUUUUGUUCCAAUAACGUUUUGUAGCUACUGGCUACGUCAGUGAAAACGCUCUAAACGCAGUAAAGGGAGUUGUCUGAUAUACUCUGAUUCACCAUAACAUAUGUUCAUGUACCGUAACAUUUUUGUAAGUCUUUCAGUCUGACAAUAGAGGUUUAAGCUUCACAUGCACCUCAAACGGCAAACGUCAGAUUCAAAUUGAGAAUUUCUCGAAAUAGAGAAUGAGCAGAUAAAAACAGCUUAAAACAAUUCUCAUGGAUAACAAAUUGUGUGAAACUACUAAUUUAGGUGUAGAAAUAAUGAACAGUAAACGACAAGUAAAGGGGAAAUUUGCUCACGUGGUACAAAUUCGCGUUUGCCGUUUGACAUAAACGUUAUGCUUAACCUCUCUAAUGCCUUCCGUGUCUAUCAUUUAGUGAAGAAGGAAAGUGUUCGGACGAUGCUGGCUGUUGUCACCUAUCUGCGCACACAGAAUAUCCCCAGAAAAGGGCGUGGUCAAGCUACCUUGUGGGACAACAAUUUUUGGCUUGACUUGGAUUACUUAGAAGUUGCAUCAGCGGCCCAGAGAUGUUCUGCGUAUUUUACCGCCCUUCUUUACACUGAAGUUUGGGCUGACAUUGAAAAGUAAGUGUAAUGGAUAUAUUUCUGACAUCGGCCUCUUUGUAAGACUAGUCUGAGGCAGUUUUGACUCGCAGUAUAGAUAUUAUUGUUGUGAUGAGACACUAUAACGUCUAGGAACUGAACAACAGGGCAAGAAUUUUAUGUCGAUUCUAUUUGUACACAAGUGGAAUUACAAUUUGCAACCCAUUUAAAUCAAAAUUAAAACAAAUGCGAAUUUUUCUUCUUAAGUUUCUAAAACUAGAGGAUAAAGUUUCUUUGAAACUGAAUUUCUUCAGUGCCGUUUUGGCGUAUUUUGUUCCCUUUUGGUAUAAAGUAGCUCACUGUAAUUUAACUGAUACUUUUCAGAUCCAAGGAAGACUCUCCUGUGACCAUUUCUUUACCUUCCAAUAGUCAAAACUUAGCUAUGGAAAUUGCUUCAAGCCAGAACAGCGAGGGUAGCCUAAGCACUAGUUACCAGACCCUUAUUUUGGAGGCGUAUGGUGCUAUUGGCGAACCUGACAGUGUAUACGGCGCCGGGGCUGGCAGACUGGCUGACAUAGACUCACGCAUCAGGACCUAUAUGCAUGAACAUGCCUGGGAUAAAGCUCUUGGUAUGGAUUUAAAUACUCAGUAUAUGAAGUGCUCUGAGGAAAAAUGCCGCGCAAGGCAAUGCUUUCAAGGGAAUUUGUUUCCUUUAUAGAGACGAAAUUCACACAUUCUAAGGUGGAUAUCGCGUAAUUUUACGUGCGUUCACAUGCAAAUUUUACUCGUGUAAGUGAAAAUUAGACGCAAUGUAUGGAGGAUUGCUCGUAAACGUAGAAGUUGAACCUCGUUCAACUUUAACAUUGACGCAAAUUUUAUUUACGCACAUAAAUUUUACGCGCGUACGCAUGUAAACAUUACGCGAUACUGGAAAUCCACGCUUACACAUCUUACUUUCAUUUUCGAAUUGUUUGUCCAUUAUCUUAAUAAUUUUACUUUAGUCAUUUCUUAGUGAGAAAAGCCAUUGGGAUAAAAACAACGUAUAAGCAGGUUGAAAUGUUUGUCAUGUAAAGAGUUUAAUUUUAUCCACUUCCUCUGAGUGGGUAUAUAUAGUCAGUGGCUUUUUAAACAUUUUUUCAGCAAUUUUUUUCUUUGGUCCUUUGAUUCAUUCUUCAUUAUAUUCACUUCUACAAACCAGACUGGAUUGGGUUAUUCCGUUACUUUCUUAUCUAGGAGCGUGUGACCUUCGAAUGCAGAAUGUCUCCGUUUCAUCACAAACAGGUCUUCUGCAGGUAAAGAUUUGAGCUACUAUAUAUUUAGACUGACUCUUUGAGGAAUUCAGAUGUUUUUUGCUCGAUUUGCUUGGUAACAAUGCAAUAACGUUCCUGUCAGUGUAAUGAGAAUGUAACUCAAAUAUAAUAUACUUACCUUCUCAUAGAGAAAAAAAUAGAUGUAAACCUUUUCCCGAAAACAGGCUGGGAGUAAUGAUAAGAUCACUUAUGUUAUGAAAAGGGUUCAAGAAAUCUUAACCUUGUCUUUAGGCCAUGAAGAACUUUGGUUUGGACCACGUAAUGAGGGUGUAUUUAAAAGGGCUGCCAUCGGAGGAUCCGCAGGCGACAGACGAGGUAAAAAUAUAAUUUUCAGUGUUUCCAUAAAACAUUGUUUGUAGUUUUAUCGAUAAGUGAAUCGGCGGCUGGAAUUCAAACCAUGAGAUGUAUGGCUUUGGUACAUGUAAGAUCUCACGCUUUGGAUGUGUCAGUGUGGAGUACUGAUGAUACUUGCGAUGUACCGUAUUUAAAGUUCUUGUUCGUGGUCAGUAUUAGGUACAUUUACAACUGGUUAACAUUUGGGUUACAUGUAAAUAAGGUACUUCUUAGAAGAAAUCGAGAAAUACUCAACGCUUUGUUGAAGGGUUAUAAAUUAGCUGCGUUGGUACACUCCAAUUGAAACGUAUGAGAAAAUGGUGAAACCUACUACUGGAGGAUCUUCAAACACUUCUUUAGAAAUAAAUCCUUCACUUUACAUUCUAUACAUUCUUUCAACAUCUAAAAGAAAAGGAGAAGUGCAUGUAGCUCUCUUACAGUGAUACAAACUUGUUUUUGUCAUGGUAGGUUGCAGAGCUGCAGUAUGAAUCAGCUUGGCAGAAUUGCGUGUGGGAUUUGGACACCAGGUUAGAACAUUCCUGAUUUUCUCUCUGUUUGUUUGUUUCUUUGUUUGUUUUGUCGAAGAAAAAAAAAACAGAGUUGUUUACACAUUCUCCCUGCUAGGUUUUUCGCUGUCUUCGUUAUAUAGGUGAAAUGUUUCCCCAACAACGCGCACAUUCAUUGGUUACUUCGGGGUUCCAUGAAAUCUAGAAAAAAGACGUUUUCCCUGUGAACCUGCUCCGUUCUAAAGCGUAAUAAAAAAGCACCGAUCAACAUGACUGGCGAGUGAAGUUUUUGGCCGGUCAAGGCGCAAUUCUGGUCGAACAUUUUCCGUUGACCGGCCGUUAUUUUGAGCCGAAAGUUCCUAGUCGAAUUGCUCUGGAAAAAUAGGAUGGUAAUUUACUCACUACCUUGCGGCGUCGAACGAGACAGCCCAAAAAGGUUUCACAGUCUUUUCCAAACACAUACACAAAAACCAUCACUUGUGGUAUGCUUAUUCCUACAGCACUUCAUUGUUAGAUCUUUUCUCGCCGUCAACACAGUUUACUUUUUUUUCACAGGAUUGGUUCAGACGAGCCUCAAGGGUUUCAUCAGGCUUUGUAUGGUUCUCUGUGUGCCUUGCAAGAGGAGGAAUGGGAACUGUUUCAGUAUAGGGUAGACAAUUCAAAGUAAGGAAAUAAUGAAGAGUGUGGAGUGUCGUCAUUAUGGGUUUCAAAGUCAAAUACCGGCAUACAUAAGCCUAACCGUGCUGUUAGCAAUUAAGUAACGAGUAUACCUUAUGAGCCACUUUUGAAGACAAAUGCGAAAGAAACCAAUUGUCUAAGACACGAUCCUACAAUGUUCCAGUUAUGCACCAACAAGUCCUGGAUAUUGAUAGUUUUUUUUCUCUAGUCUCUCUAUCCGUUGAGAUAUGAUUUUUUUCUCCGGGUUCACAAUGUGGUUUACACUUCGUAAACAAAAAAAAAGUACAGUAUUGCUCGAUGCAAAUGCGCCCAGAAAAAAAAAGCGUGAUCAAGAAAAUAAGCGGAAGUUAAUCGAAAUGGACGCGCCAAGCGAAUAUCACAGCUGUUAUCAAACUUUGAUCAUCAUCAUCAGACAGUGUUGACCGCUACCGCCUACGUGAGUGAAACUCGAGUAACUGCCGCUUUCUUUUUAUCUCACAAUUUGUGAUUACAGUUUGCAUUUGUUUAGCUAUUAUUCUGUUACGAUAUGUAUGCUUUUUCGCAUCUACAUGUAGUAUGCGAUCUAACUGAUUUGCUGUUUCUGUGUUCAAAUUUAAAAGUAUUCUCUUCUAAACAUGAAAUUAAGUGUAAAUGAAAAUUUAGAUUGCAGAUAAUGGACGAAGUAGCGCACGUUAGCUUAGAGAGCGUACGCAGCGUGUAUCCUGCCUUGACACGGCUGCAGUGUGUUGUGGAACUAGAGAGUUUUGGCUUUGCCAUUAACGGGUAGGUCGCAAUUAACUUCCAACAUUCUCUCGUCUCCGUGGAGGCUCCCGCUAGGUAUUGCAAUAAAAAUGGCAAUGAUGUAAGUGCGCGGUGGACCAUGGGAAGAGAGAAUAAAACGCGGUUCUUUUCCUCUCCUCAGCCUCCUUACGAUACAAAGAGGCCUCUACAGAGGAUAGAGAUACAAAAAGAUGGCAUAAACAUUCCUCACGUGGCGAAAUUUCUACACUUGUUGAUUUUUGCGUCGAACGUGGAUUUUGCGGGAAUCGCUUAUCUCGGUUGAGAGUGUAGGGUUCCCUGGUGUAAUGGCAUAGCUGUUUACCUGUCGUACGAUCGAUCAAGUUUUCGCUACGCCAAGGAAAUCUUUCUUGGCUUUCUCCCUCUUUAUGUAUAAUUGUUGGAUCGUUUCCUCGAGCCCCGCAAGGUUUUGCGACACUUGCAGGGCUCGAAAAAAGGCCCGUACGGUAGUCCGGGACAAGUGGAUUCUCUUACUGGGCAAGCAACAGUUUUAAAGCUGACUUGCCGAAUGGGGAAGGGGUCCAAACCGCUUAUCAUCUAAUGAAAUCAUUAACUAAGACGAGCAAAAAGUGGCCCUUGGCAAUCGAAAUGUGAGAGCGGAUUGCCCUAAGGACAAGCUGGAAUUCAAACUUUUAACGAGCCCUGACUUGCACUUGUAGUUAUAAAGUGCAGUGCUAACUUUGGCCCGUGGAGAGAAAAUCCUGUUGAAGCCUCUCUGGAAGCACUGUUGCAUAGUACCGUUACUUAACCCAUUUUGCACCAAGUGGAGCUUAGGUCUUCGUUGACUUUUAUUAAUGGCUAACAUCAACAGAAUGUUCCAGUUGUGUUUCCACUUCUCCCAAUCAGUUAUCAUAUCUCUUCGCCAGGUUCCUUUUAAGGCGCCUAUUCUGUCUCUUUCUUUGGUAGUUUAUCUCAGUGCUUACCUUUUGAAGUUGUUGGUAGAUUUCCUUAUAAAAAGUGCCUGAUCUCCAUUCUACAAAGAGGCUAUUAAUUUUUUUAACCGAGGCCUUGCAGAUGCCAUAACACAGUCAUACCUAUUCUUUACGUUUCACGCUGACACAUUUGCCACUCAAUUAACGACCUUAACCUUUUUAAAUUUCUUUAGUAAGGAUGCCAGCAUGGUUGAGAUGUGGAAUGAACGAUUUCCGCUCCCUGACAACGACUUUGAAUUUUUGGAGCCUUUGCUUGCUCUCCGAACCUCCAUGCUCCAAACACUUGUCAAGCUAAGACAAGACAAGGUUAACAGUCCUGAGGGAAUCCUUCAGCUUGCUCGAGCUUACAAGGAUCUGGCUACCCAUUUGGAAAUGCAAGCAAAGGUUGCACGGAGGGCAAAUAAUCCACAGGUACAACUUGCUGUUCUGAAUACAUAUACAUAGAUGACUUUGGGAAGAGAAUUGUGACGUCACAAAAACUCAAUUUGAUGGGUUUUUCCUUUCGCAGAUAACACAGUAAGAGUAAGAAUUAGAAUUAUCACUUCUGUCUCCUUCGCUCUUCAAUUAAUACCACCCACACCGUCUUGCCCUUGACCCUACCAUUCACGUACCUACCCCCUACCCCCAUUACCAUUUAUUAACCCCGUCGAGCGCUCUCCUAUCAUCUACUCCGUUUAUAGUCUUCGCUUUUAGUUUUUUUACUCUGAAGUGGCAAGUGGAAUUCAAAACUAUCCAAUACAUGACAAUUAAUUUUCAAGACUAGGGCGGGAACCACUUAGCGCCCAAAUAACCGGUUUGUCAUCAAACGGUCCAUUCGAUAUUGUUUUCUUUUUAGAUCUAAUGCUUAUACGGUAUAACAAAUACAGGUAAAAUAGCUAAUUUUUCCGGACUCUUAGCUAACACCUGAGGUUUUCUUUCCCUAAAGAAAGUGGAUACAUAGAAAUUGGGCUCAAAUAAUCCCAACUACACUACUUAGACACUUUAAAAGUCUAAUUAACUCUUUAUUCGUGUUCAUCCGUGGACACAGGUUGCUGAGAAAGCCUUGUUUCGAAUAAGACAACUACAAAGUGACAUAACAGAUGUGCAGAGUAGGCUUGGAGGAGAGGACCUCGGGGUUUCAUGGUCAUGGAAAAUGGAGGAAGCAAAGUUACGAUGGGCCAAAGGGGAACAGGAUACAGCUAUGUACUUACUAAAGUCAUUGGGUAGACAACUGGAAAAGGUACAGAAUCGAGUUAGUGUGCCUUAGAUUAGUACUUUAAAAGGAUAUAGAGUGCUGUUUGAAAAUAUUCUUUGUUUGGGGAGGUUUUGGGAUGGGACGUCGGAGAGGUUUAUAUGAAUUUGUGAGUACAAUACAGAGGCAUGUCACCCUCGAGGGGGCAAAAGGUAGGCAAUCAUCUUACCGAGGUAGACUUUUGGUAAGCAUUUCUUGACCUUAGUAAGGUAUGGUUUUUACAGUAUGAUAGACGUCUGGUGACUGCAAACAAUAUUGUUCCAAAAGGUGUGAUACUCUUGCAGAUUAGGGUUGUUGUUUUGCUCAUUCAACGAACUGCUCUUUUGACGUUCUUCUUGCUUCGCCGUCGUGACAUCUUAAAUUCCCUUAUUCCCAUCUAAUACAGAGAAUUCAUGUAUUCAAAGUCACCUCUGUUGUGUUGAAACGUAUUUUCAGGUUCGUGAUCAUAGCCCUGAAGCCUCGGUCCUUUACCCACAAGCUCUGGGCUUGUAUGGAACCUGGCUGGCAGAGUCUAAGUCGGAGAAUCCUAACACCAUCAUUGAAGAUUACUUAGAGAAGGUAAAAAUCGUAAUUUCUAACAGUCAAAUGCACAAAUAAAGCCGUUCGCUCCAACGUACCGACCGUUUUCAGCUCUAUACGAAAGCUUACAAUCUGUAUGUUUAACAUGUUUGGACAAGUAAAUCUUAUGUACCCACUCUGAUCGUAAUGUAAAAGCAAGUGCUAAUAACACAGUUCAGUGUACGGACUUCUUGCAACUCUAUACAGACCGACUGCGAGGUUUGCGAUCCGUAAAACCUACAGGAAUCGGAUCGUUGCAUAUAUGGACUAUUGUAGCAUGUCAAUUUUGGACAAACCUCCUCAAAUUAUAAUUCUUACACGAGUUUCUUUUCGGAGUUUCUAGUACCUACAUCAGUCGUCAUUUAUCUGCAUUUCGGGCUUGUUUAAUCAUGGCACUGUUCCUUUUUUUGCUUGUCAGGCGGCUUGUUUAAUGGAGUGUAUGGAAGGCGGAAAUGAUGCGUCAAGGAUCGAGGUGCUCAAAUUGAUUAUUUUGUCCCUUAUGUUUGUAUUUGUUGUUUAUAUUCUUGCUUGCUUUAUUAUACUUUUUAAUGUAUCUUCGUUUCUUUUUUUUUUGUCUGUUUAUGUGCCUGUUUCUGUUUUUUUUUUUUUCACGUAUCUGUUUCCUAAACACCCUUAAGUCAAAAAUUUGCAUUUCCUUACAGUUGUUUUUUUUGGUGUUUGUCUCUGUGUAGGCCUUUUUGUCUCUCGCCUGGUUUGCAGACACACAGUACCAAAAGAAAGUGGAUUUCAUGAGUUCGAGCACUUACGAAAACAAAGAGGCUUUGAUGAAAAAAGCCAAGGUAAUUGUUUGACACUAACUGUGAGGUUUACUCUGCUUUGAUAAUUUGUGAAUAAUCUGAUUAAAGUUUAGCAAUGUCGCACGAAAGUAUACCUGCGGUUAGACAUGGUUAUCAGACACCUCAAACAUUUUGUAGCAAACGUUUUGCUUAUUUAUCGAAGAAAUUGAUGUCACUUAAUGUUUGUUCGAAAGCUUUCUUUUUUUUUCUUCGACAAGGAAGGUGAGAUUGUCGGGCAUAUGUCCUUUCCAAAACUACAAAAAAGCCUUAUCAUUCUGCUUUAUUGUUUUAAGGUGGAAUCGGAACGGCUUCAGCGAGUAAUUGAAUCCGGAAAAGACAGGUAUGCACGAACCCUGAACUUACAAGCUCAGAUGGAUGAAAGAGAACUUCAACAAGUGGUGGACGACAAACGGAAAUUCCUGAAAACGGCUGUUGAGUACUACAUUAAAACACUGCAGACAGGGGUAGGUUGGAAAGGCUGCAUGCUUAAUUCUUGCAAACUUAAUAACUGCAGCCACUCCUCUCCCCUCCCCAUCAAUAGUGAUCAUGAUGAUGAUGAUAAUAGUAAUAAGCCCAUGUCCCGUCCUUUGCAGCGUAAAUGAGGUUGUCUGAAUUGACUGACUUGGACUUUGUCACCUUGUGUGACAAAAGCAUAUAAAUAGGUAAUAUAUAAACUGCCUUCUCACUUUGUUCUUACUAACGGACUAAGUUAAGCUUUUCUCAGGUGUCAGGUGUGCUGAAAAAAGAACGCUAAAUAAAGCAUUUGAAAAGGCAAUUGAAAAGUACUGAAUGUGUAAUGGCUAGCCUUUAAAUUCUCGUCGUUAGUUGGUAUGUUAUCUUUGGUUUUUUCCUGUUUUUAGGAUAAGUAUGACAUGAGAGUGUUUAGGCUUUGUUCCCUCUGGUUUGACAACGCAAAGGAAGAGUUUGUCUCGCAGAUGAUCAAGGUUUGUUUGUAACCAUUUACCAUUGUCCAUCGUCGUUCUUCAUCUAGAUGUGUUUAAAGGAAGGUUUUUAAGCUGCUGAAAAAAAACACCCUUCAAACAGAAUUAUUGUUUCACUAAUAAUUGGUGAGAUUGAACCUGUGUCCGCCUUCAUCGAUAUUGUUAUCUUAAAGUUAAUAAGCGUGUCAAAGAUAAGGACCAUUGUACAUAAUGUGUUAAUAAAAAUACUUCCCUCUCUCUCUGGUAUGCUGUUAGGAGGGAGUGACGAAGAUUGAAUCUCGCAAGUGUCUUCCUCUGAUGUAUCAACUAGCUGCCAGGCUUGGAACAAAGUCACACGAUAAUCCUCUAUUCCAGUCAACUCUUAACGAGGUAUGCUCACUUCUAUCCAUUACUCACUGCCAUGUUUCGUUACAUCUACUUUUAAAUGAUACUGCUAACACUAAUCUGCUGUACUUGACUUUGCCAACACUAAUCUGAAUAAGGGCGUAUUUAUAAAGACCAGUAUGGAUGUAGAGUUCUUUGAUCUUGCCCGGCCUUGUACCUUCACACAGAGUACAGAACUGCUUACCAGGGAUCACUCUGACGGUAUUUGCAUUUGUGAAAGGUUUUCCUUUUACCAGACUGAUGGAGAUGGAGGAAAGACCCUUUUUCUGAGAACCGUUACUGUAGAAAAGUUUCCAUGCUAGCAUAGGUCUCUCACGGCAAGAGAUUAGAAGGAGAGGAAUUAGAGGGACCUCUGCCGGUCCCGACGUUUUCUUUCACGUAGCCCCUGACCACAUUUGUGGUCGAAACUUACUGGUUUUCAAAACCGUUUUUGUUUAAUGUGUAAUGCGAGUGCCCUGUUGAGAUUGCAGGCUGGAAUAUUUUUUGGCCUACAGUUGUUAUCGCGCAAAAACCGGUUCUGUAAGUUAUUUCGCACUUUACAAAAACGUUAUUGGUUGUUGAGGAAAGGCACUCAUGAUAGAAAACGCAUCGGAGAGCAGCAGAUGUGUUUCUCUUUCCUAUCAUUAUUCUCUUGUCGUGUGAGACCUCUGCUAACAGGGAAUAGAAACUUGCGAUUAAUAAUAUAAUAUUUUUUCAGCUUAUUGAACGAACAGCGGUUGACCAUCCUCACCACACUUUAUUCAUCCUAUUUGCACUCGCAAAUGCUGAGAAAGAUAACAAAUAUCUAACUGGUGGCAAGAAGACCGCAACUGCCUCGAGGCUUACAAGAAACAAUUCUAAGGAGGCGAGCAGCGGAUUCACAGAGGUAUUUUGGUCAACAAGUAUCACUAUUUCUGUUAGGCUUUUUUAUCUUUGGUGACCAUUUCAUUAAUUCUCAUGAGCUGUCUGUUUGAUCAGGCAGUGUUAUUGUUGGGAGAAAUUGGAUGUGGGUAACUAUCGGGGCUUAAAGGGUUAAGCAACCACGAUGGCAACGGCAGUGGAAACGUCACUUAAAAAGCGAAUUCACACUGUUUCAAACUUCAUAACUCUUAAUUUGUCAAAUGUUGGGGAAUUUUUUUUCUGGAUGUUGAUUGUAAAGGAAAUGUGAAGGACUGUAUCUAGAAAUUGUUGUCUUCUGUUUACGUCCUCCAUAAAACGAGAAACUAGGAGGUUACACGUUGUAGUUGUGCAACAACGGAAAAGUAAAUUACUAUUUUACAUUUUUUUUUUCCUUUCAUUUUUAGGCUCGCAUUAAAACAGCUUGUGAGUUAAUUGAUAGGAUUGGAAAACAGCGCGGAGAACUUGUACAUAACAUGAGAUGUUUGUGUGAAGCGUACAUUGAACUUGCCUAUGUCAAUGUCCAACAUCUAAAGAACGAAAGAGGUGCGUUAUCGUUACAAACAUAGUGUAAACUUUUUCAAGCGAAAGGUUUCCUCAUUUUCCGCUUGUCCCGCCUCUUAAACAACUUUUCUCGCACAUUUUAGGUCCAUUUAACUUGCAGGAUGUCACAAUCAAGAGAAUUUCAAACCUAAAGGAAGUGCCGGUGCCAACUUUAGAAGUGGAGGUAAAUACUUUAAGUGUAGAUAGAUAGAUAGAUAGAUAGAUAGAUAGAUAGAUAGAUAGAUAGAUAGAUAGAUAGAUAGAUAGAUAGAUAGAUAGAUAGUUUAUUAAUAACCGAUUUGCAACUAAAAGUUGAAUUAUACGAUUAUUUACAAAAAAUUUAAUAUUGAUAAUUACAUUUAAAAGACUACAAGUGGUUUAAAACAGCAAAUAAGGACACUAUAUAUAUGUUCUAAAAAAUAUAUAUAUAUAGAAGAGGUUUAAAAAAUCUACUAAAACCGUUCAAGCCUUAAGGGCGUUAAAGGUAAUAAAACUACUACGAAACCUGUUCGUCUUAAAAGCUGGCUUAAACUUCCGCAUAUUUCUUAGGUUAAAGGUACAUGUGUUGCGAGCAGGAGAAGUUCAUGGAGCUUGUUCUGUUCGUUCUGUAAAACAUUCUUAAAUAGUUUAUCAACUGCAAGUGUUGGGUUAGGAUUCCCAUCCGGAGCUGGAUAUUUUUUUCCCUUCUCCUAACGCUCGUGUCCUCGUCACAUUUCUCCUUCUCACGAUGAAUACAUUAUCUUCCUAACGGUCUAACUGGUUUCUUCAUCAGGUCGACCCAUUAUGUCGAUACGAUGACCUUGUUCAUGUGGUCAGAUUUGACUCCAAGUUCUGCCUCGCUGGAGGAGUGAAUCUUCCUAAGAUCAUAUUUUGCAUUGGCUCUGACGGAGUCAAACGACGGCAGCUGGUCAAGGUGCGUUUGUUACACACAAAAUAGUGUGUUUUGGUAAUCAUUCUGGGUCAUCACAACAUUAGAAGGUAACAGUCCAAUAACCACCCAGUUUAUGUAAACAGGCGGCGCCUUGCAAGAAAAAAAAAGUGAGGAAUUACUUUCAGUGUUUAAAUGAAUACCACCACGUGAUGGGACGUGACUUCAAGUGGCAGGAAGUUGUGAAUAGUGGGUGAAAAGCCACUCUAGAUUCAGAAGUUCUUUUGGAUGUCCGACACUUUUGUCGGUUUAUUUAUGUAGAUGAAUGUUUCCUUUACUCACUGAAUGUUAAGGUACGCAAGACCUCUUUUAAAUUAAGCAACGUAACAAGUCUAGAACAUUUGAGCAUUUUUGAUCCGGUUGGGUUUUUUUCGUUAUCUGUAUAGGGAAGAGACGAUUUGCGCCAAGACGCUGUUAUGGAACAGGUGUUUGGAAUGGUGAACCAGUUACUUAUUAAAAACUCGGAAACGAGAAAAAGGAAACUAAAGAUGAGAACGUACAAGGUAUUAUCGUUGUAAGAAAUCUUACACUGUUGGUCGUGUUGUCUUGUUUGAAUAAGCCUUUCAUUUUCAAAGGUAGUGAAAUUUUAGCGUAAAGUAUAGACAAAAUCAUGAUCUGUUUCCUGCUUCAAGUAUAUGAUGAGGUGCGUUCAUUUUAGUGAAAGAUGUUAUCUUCGCAUUUUACAAGCUUUGUUCACUGUGCGAACGCAUGUGCCAUUGGUAGACAGUAUACUUGUCAUGUUUGAUUGGUUUGUGUUUCAACUCUCUGACGAGCAUGUCUCCAACGCGCUUUUUUCUUCAGUGGUUUUGGUUUGUGUGUUCAGAUAAAAUCCGUACGUUAUUUGAGAGCAUUGAAGGAAACGAAAAGUAACUCUGUCGUGCGGCAAAUGCUUAACGAUGCUUUCAUGUCGUUCCUUCCUUUUUCGCUGACUUGCUUAAAAUUAGGUUUACCGUGCUCGUGGUGUUUCUGGAAAGUUUGAGGAAUUUUUUUAAGUUUCUACUCGUUUGCUGUCGAGGUCUGUGAAAUUUACUUGAAUGCUUUUUUUUCUUACCUUCUCCUAGAAAAUUUCUAGUCUGGGUGAAUCAGAAUGUGGUAUAUAGUCGAUGAUUCCAAUUGACCUGCACCUAUCCAAACCUGUUAUUUCAUUGGUCUCUAUAACUUGCACUACCUAUUGUUUUCAGGGAUAGGGGCAUUGGUAUGUCACCAUCCCUAUUGUUUUCCCAGCUAAUCACAAACCUUGUUUGGUAAAGGUACAGGUCGGCGCCGAUGAUUCCCUAGAAAACUUUUAAGAUUUCAUUCUCUCUUAGUGGAACCUUAGUGCCCAGGUCAGGAGUACUGCUUUAUCUCAUUUCGCCCUAUCCUCUCUUUGUCUUGUAUUGCACCAGGUCAUACCUUUAUCACAGCGCAGUGGAAUAGUUGAGUGGUGCGAGGAUACUAUGCCUCUGGGCGAGUAUCUUGUCGGAAGGCCUGGUACCAAGACAGGCGCUCAUUCGCGUUACUGUCCGGGAGACUGGACAUCGUUUGACUGCCGAAAGAGAGUCAAGGUACUGUGGACAAACGUUGGAGUUUAAUUUUGCUGCUUGCUUAAAAGAGUUGCACAGUGAGCAAUAUUGAACGGCAAGUUUGUUGCUUUGAGCGGCGUAUCCAAUCGCCUAUAGACGCAAACAACCCUGUCUUUACUUUUUUUCAUAGGCCAUGCACUUCUUUUAUCUUCGUUUAGGAUCAUCCGACCGACCCGAUAAUAUAGCGACUUAGUGAAACCUUUUCAUUCAUUUUAAAGAAAUGGGCAUUGUAACAGCAUUUGGUGGCAUUAUAGUUUCGGCAGUGCAUCUCUUUUGCCACGUUUUUAACUUGUGGAUUACGCGUAGCGUAAGGAACAAAUUAUUGUGGGCACUGCGAUAUGCAAAUGUAUCAAUCGGGUGUAGACACCGUUAGUAAUUAGUCGGCUCCGCACGAAAGCGCUCGAUAUCAAAACGACAAUUGUCGUAGAUCUUUCCCGUUCAGCGAUUGCUUAGAGCUUUUGAUGUUAUGAUUUUGUACAUUUGACUUCGGACGAUAAGUUGUCUUCAUGUGUACUUUGAAUGUUUCAAAUUAGCACUAUGGCCAGCUUUGAGAAACGAAACGCAUUCGAAGCUAAACGGAAAAAGAAGGAUGGCCAUAGUAAUAAAUAGUUGAAAACUUAUCGCCUCUGAAAAUACAUAUUCCGGCUAUCAUGGGUAAUUUAUUGUAAUAUGAAAGUGCUUUUUAUCGCCAGGUGGGUGACGAUGCUGGAAGGCCAAGAUAUGAAGUCUACCAAGUAUGUUGAAAUGCUUCUUCUUUGAAGUGCAAAGUAUAGACACUUCUUGCAAAUGUUUAAAGUUGCAAGAUAUUCACAGCGUUAUCUUCGUUUAUGAGGUUCUGUUAUCGAGAAGGGAUACUCGUGAAAAUAUAAACAGCGGGAUAAGAAAUAUUUAGGAAGGUGAUUCUGGGAUUUAGAGAAGUAAAGGUAUCAUUUUGUGAAAGAGAACAGAAUUUUUUCAUAGACCAGUGAGACUGGUAUAGAGAAAGACAAACGUUAGUCGUCUGUCUAGCGUUCGUAUUUAUUGUUCUGUCAGCCUUCUUUCUGUCAGUUGUUGACAAAACUGGCCCCUCCAGAUAGUCAGUCCUACAUACAUUUCCCCCUCAUCUCAGAGUUAUUGUUUAAUACUCGGGUAUGUUGAAUGAAAGUAGUAAUUGGCAUUACGUACACAAGUAGAUACUAAGACCUGGUCCCUGUUUGAGUUUUUAAUAUGGUUGAAACCUUUAUUUCAUUGUUGCUGUAGCUUGUUCACCAUUAGUCCAAAAAUCUGUAAAUUGUGGUUGGAUAGGGAAUAGCAAGACGGAUUUGAUCUCCGGAACGAAAGGAAGGCCAGCGGUUCCAGUGCGUUCUACCUGUGGUUAUAGGAAUAAGACACUUACACUCCAGUUCAUUUGAAGUUUAGACGCGUCUCAUUUGCUGCAAUUUUGACGAGCUCCUCCUCAUUUUCAGCGUGUUAACGCGCACCCUCUUUUCGGUAACCAUCUCGCAAAAGAAAAAAAUGUGACAAAGUCUUUUACCCGUUCCUUAGGCCUCUUAGGUGUUUUUUUUCUUGGGGGAAAAUGGCCCUAAAGAUUUACUGUAACUUGUUGUUUGUUAAUCUGAUAUUCGCACUCUUCGUUUUUCUUGCACAGGAGCUAAUGGAACAUUUCCACCCAGUAUUCCGUCACUUCUUUCUGGAGAGGUUUCCGGAUCCUGCCGUGUGGUUCGAGAGAAGGCUAACUUACACCAGAGGAGUUGCCACCUCAUCCAUAGGUACUGUUGUCAUCUAACUACAAUCCUGGUCAAAACCCUUGGGGCACUAACGCAAUAGCUCGUCAAAAUGACACAUUUUCUCUACCCAGUGUGAAUGCAUUCAAGUCAAUGCAUUCAGUCAGCGUUGCUUGGGAGAGAGGGGGGCAGCAGAAAUAGUUUCUUUCCAAGCGUUUUUUUUUUAUGGAGGGGUAGAACACGAGUUAAUUUAGCAAGGCGAGUCUUCUCGCCAAAUUCGCUCAAGUCUCCCAAGAUGUCUUGUCCAGGACUUUAUAUCUCGCCAAUUGCUAUCUUUUUAAAAAGCUAAAACGUGUCUUCGCAUUAAUUAAAUUACAAAAAUAGUGUCCCAGAGUUGUUAUUUGACACUAUAUUUAGGCAUUAAAACUGUUAUAUGCCGUCAUGGGAAGAAUAGACACGGAAUGAAAAUAAGCUAACUGGGUAAAGGCACUAAGCAAGUGUAAGUUAAGAACAGAACAGACCUAAAACUUCAAUAUCAUAGUAACGAAGUGCAUUAAGCCUUAGCCAAAAAUGUAAACAAAUUGUUGAACCAAGUAAACGUAACUGGCUCUCAUUGCGAAAAAACACUCAAAUCUGGAUUGAUUUAAGUCUCACUACUUAUCCUUUUUCCCCUGUCACAUGUAGUUGGUUACGUUGUUGGUUUGGGAGACCGUCACGUGCAGAAUAUUCUUGUGGACUGCAAUACAGCCGAACUAGUCCACAUUGACUUGGGUAAGAGAAGGAAUUUUUAUUCUAUGUCGACCAGAAAGAGUUUCGUGCAACUCUUCUGAUUUAUUCCUCUCGAACUGGAUUGUGAAACAACUCAUCAAUUGGAAAUCAGAAAUGACUCCGAUUCUUUGAUUUAAGACAGGAGUUUUGCUGUAGUUUCAAAUUAUUUUUCCCAACGUGUUCAGUGAUUUUGUUACCCUUGGUUUCCUGUGUCCCUGACGCAUAAAAAUCCUUAAACACGGAAAAUAAUUUAUGACGUGCGUCCCGUAGGACGCAUUUAACCGCCGCCUGGUAAGCUCAGUUGGGAGAGCGCCGGUCUGCCGAGCGGGAAGUCGCGGGUUCAAACGCCGGCCGGAACAACACUCAGGGUCUUAAAAUAACUGAGAAGAAAGUACUGCGUUUGUAAUGACAUCUGCAAACGGCUAGACUUUCUAGUCUUGGAUAAGGACGAAAACCCGUAGAUCCCAUCUCACAGCACUUGCACUGAUUUGUUCUUGCGGGACGUAAAAGAACCUACACCACUAUUCGAAAAGAGUAGGGGGCGUAGACCCCGGUGGUGUGGCCAACCUUUAGGGGUUGUGGGAUUGCGUAGGGAUGGCACCUCGCAUGGGACCUGCGUCCCGUUCGUGCACAUUCCCCCUGGGCAACCCUGUGUCCAGAAAAGUUGGUAAAACUAAAAAGAUCGAUUGAUCGAUCUAAACAUGUGUAUUUGUAGAAGUAUCCCAUUCGUGUAAUUUCUGUGGCAGUUAUUAUACAGCUGUUGUUUAACGAUGCAUGUUUCUUGUAGCCUUUGUUGUGCUUUAAAAAAGAAGGACUAUAUUUUCAGUUCAUUUUACUGUCAGUAAUACAGCGUUUUGGAGUCUGUCUUCAGAUUAACCGUCUGGUUACAUAUGCAGGCUCAAGCAUUUUCAAUUUCGGACUCAUUAUUUUAUAUGGGAAUCAAUGGUUAUGGACUGGAGACUCAUGAUUCAUGACUCACUGAGUCCUAGGACUCACCAGAGUCAAAACAAAAUCACUGCAUGUUUAGAAGUUUCUAUUAUUUAUGAUCAAUAAGCAAUAACUGCAGACGUCCGCGUAGGGCUGCUAACAUCCGCAUUUACGCGGUUUGAUUUGCAAUCUGACGUUUCUUCUGUCUGACACGCGCAAAACUAAUCUUCUUUGCCUGUCAAUAAUCAUAGGGGUGGCGUUUGAGCAAGGUAAAUUUCUCCCCACCCCUGAGACGGUACCAUUUCGCUUGACACGUGACUUGGUGGACGGCAUGGGACUGACAGGGGUGGAAGGAGUGUUCAGACGAUGCUGUGAGAAAACAAUGCAGGUCAUGAGAACAUCACAGGAAUCACUCAUGACUAUUGUGGAGGUACGCGCUUUUUUUAUUUUUGUUUUCUUUUUUAUAGUGUCGUACAACAAAAAUCAAAGUAUUUAUCAUCCCCGUUACAAUAGAAACAGACGAAUCAAUGAACCAUAUGAAGAAAAAAAAAUCGAUCGAAUUGAGGAGGAGGAGAAGGGGUUAGUCAAACUGUCUGCAAUAAUACGUUACGGCUCAGUGAUUUAAAAUCACAGGCGAGUUUGAGCUUAUUCCUUCGACACCAUCAAUACUUUUCUCAGUUUCUAUUCAACCAAUUGAAAGCCAUGACAGCCACCCAAAAACAGCACAUGGCCUUAAUGAGAUUCCCCCGCAUUUUGUUCAUGAGAUAAAGACAAAAGGCUAUUUCAGUAUGACGUCAUCAGCGUUAAUGUAAGAUAAUGAUAUUUUAUUCAGCUGAUAAAAACAAAUGGCUACGACGUCAUUGGCGUAACAGUGCCACUACUUGGACAAAGUUGACCAAUCGUACUACAAGAAGUUAACAAUACAUCCCAAGAAAGUUGGUUGUCGGCCAAUCAGCAGCUCGUUAAAAAAAAUGAUUAGUUACUCGAAACACAACAUUUUAAUAUUGAUAGCAAACGUUUUCAGGGAAAGCAAAAUGUUUCACCCGACAGUGUUUUUCUAUUCGAUACUCUGUAUACAAUACCCAGGAGACAUUUCGUUGAAACAAGCUAUUCUUUUGCCCUCUACCAGCAAUUUCUUCGCUCCUAUUGCCUCGCUUUGCAGUAACAUGAGACCGCAAGUCAAAAAUAUAACUACCGUUUACGUUUUUCGCCUCAGUAACCCACUAUAGCGGACCUCUCGGGAAACACGUGCUUUCUUCAGCGGGUGCAAAAGGUCACGUCUGUGGGUUUUAUUUGGUCGUUAUGAUUGAAAACUAGCUUUCUCGGGAUGUAUUGUUAUUUUCCUGUAAUCCGACUGGUCAACUUUGUCUAGCUGGCCCCGUCAAUAGUAGUCGCACUGUAAUGUAUUUCUGCGCAAGUUAAUGAGAUUCCUGUACAAAAAAAGGAUCAUUCAGUGCCUACAAUACUACUGACGCAAAUGCUUUGUAUCAAUUGCGCCAGUUUGAGUGUUCGUUGUUUAUGGCAAAUCUCCUCUUGUUAUAUCAAUGCAUAGUAGUCGCACUGUAAUGUAUUUCUGUGCAAGUUAAUGAGAUUCCUGUACAAAAAAAAGGAUCAUUCAGUGCCUACAAUACUACUGACGCAAAUGCUUUGUAUCAAUUGCGCCAGUUUGAGUGUUCGUUGUUUAUGGCAAAUCUCCUCUUGUUAUAUCAAUGCAUAGUAGUCGCACUGUAAUGUAUUUCUGCGCAAGUUAAUGAGAUUCCUGUACAAAAAAAGGACCAUUCAGUACCUACAAUACUACUGACGCAAAUGCUUUGUAUCAAUUGCGCCAGUUUGAGUGUUCGUUGUUUAUGGCAAAUCUCCUCUUGUUAUAUCAAUGCUUUAUUAAUAAGGGUCGUCACGAGAAUUAAAGAUAAAUCGAUACUGUAACAGCUUCUCCCCUUUAUAUCUAUGAGACAUGUACAGGAGCAACAAAUGAGAAUUUAAUUUUUUAAAAAAAAUUAGGGUACAUCGUGGUUUAGCGACCUAAGGACGAGCCCUUUAUCUGACGCAGUUUUCUCCCAAAAUCCUAAAAUUAACGAUAGUCCCCAAUAUCAAAUUCAAAAGAAGGCUAAGUUUUAUUUUUUGUUGUCAGGUUUUGCUCUAUGAUCCUUUAUCAUCUUGGACACUGAGUCCAGAGAGAAGGAAAGCCCUUCAGAAAGCAGAAGAUCUGUACGAUGUUCCUCCUUCUAGCGCUGUAGGAGAUUGUCUUGACGGUUCCGUCAUGGCAUCAGAUAAUGGGGCACCAGAAGAUAACGUCAACAAAAUGGCGAAGAGGGUGCUUUUAAGACUGAAACAGAAAUUGGAUGGAAUUGAAGAUGGGGUUCACUUAAGCGUAUCAGGACAGGUUAAUCAUCUUAUAAGAGAAGCUAUGGAUCCAAAGAAUCUGUGUCGAUUAUUUCCUGGAUGGCAGCCUUGGGUGUGAACCGUGCUGUUAGACUCAAUCUCAAUAACAAACAGUCUUUUUGACGGUUAGAAGCGUUCCCAUUUGUGAUCAAGGAGGAGGAGAAAGUCAUCUUGCACUUGAUGAUCGCCACGUUUAACCAAGGCUGUGGAUACCCGAAACCAACCAACAGUUGGUCACCCGAUAAGCGCAUAUACGGUUUUACCAUUAUCUUCUCUUGAGAAUGGAGCCGUUUAGGAGCCUUACCCUGCGAGAACAUCUUCAUCUUAACUCUUCAAGGACUGUUCCUCAUUCGUGUGAACAAACUCUAAGUCGUGGCUGAAGGUCACAAAAUGCUUUGUAGACUCUUUUUUCUUUGUGUGGUUGUAACUUUUUUGCCGUUUCUUUAAGUUUGCCUUUGUCUCGUUCCGCUUUGAUCAGCUCCAUGGCUAUUUGCGGGACCAAGCCAUGUUGUUAUUAGAAAUUUUAACAAAUAUAAAUGUUGUUGUUUCCCAAAGCCUCGACAUAGUUUUUAUAUUGAAUGUACUGACUGGAACGGAUUACAUAGAAGGUCUAGAGUAUAGAUGUAGGCAUGUUCGUUCAAUCUUGAAAAGGUCUUGAAUUUUACUGGUUCUAUUGAAAGUCCUUAAAUUCUGUUUAGGUCCUUGAAAAGUACUUGAUUUCUUUAUUAGAUCUUGAAAAGUCCUUGAAAUUCACAGCCUUGGCCACGCCAGGCACCUUUUUAUAUUAAAUUAGAUUAUUUUGCCGAGGAAAAUUUGGCUCAUCCUCGGUGUAAGAACCUGCAAAUCACAGGUAAUGUAAAAACGUUUUUGUCCUUGAAAAAUACAUUAUUUCUGUUUCUUUAUUUCAAAAUGCUACAACUGUACCUCAAAUGCAACUGCAAGUCAUACCCAGUCAUUUUGCGAAGUCUUAUUGCGCAACGUAGUGUAAAAUAAUGGGAUCAACGAUGGCCGCAGGAUUAUAAAUCGUAAAUGACGCCAUGACUUCCAAGUUGUUUUAGCCAAUAGGGUGAUCAAUGGGGGAAGAGGAUGUUGAUUUAUUGAAUUAAUUUUAGUCCUUGAAAACUGUAAUUUGUCGUUGAAAAAUACUUGCAGAUUGUUUGUCUGAAGUUGCACGAACCAUGUAGCUGUAAAGAUCUGAAACUUUCAAACUCUUAAGUCAGACUUGAAGCGGUUUACACUUUUGACGGGAUCUCUUAAUAUUUUUUUCCUGGGGUAAUCACAAAAACUUUUUGCUUAGUUCUGAGGAGGCUACUGCUUGGCAUACAAUUGUUAUGAUUCAAAGCGAGCAUCAGCAGCUAAAUCGUCUGAUGAUGAUGUUUUGCAAAUAUAAAGCCCC